AGCUCUGCGCCACUUGAGAACCCAAACGCAUUCAGUCUUUUGUGGCUCCAGCUUGUGUGAGUGAGUCAGUGAGUGAAUGAAUGGAGGAGAGCCGACGGUCGCUCACAGGAGGCGGCGAGACUGAAGCGGCGGACAGAAAUGCGUUUAACUCCGGCUGCAGGUCGUGUGAAGUUGCUCGACAGAAACCCAUCCACGGAUCUGCGUCUUUAAAGGCCCAGGGGAAGGGUUUUUCCUCGUAAUCCCAUUCCCGCAGCGACCAGGGCUCCACCAGCAGACGCUUUUCUCUCUCUCUGUGGACGUCGAGGAGAUUUCUUUUUACGCGUGUGCAGCGAGCGAGCAACAGGUUAUUUACAGCUUUGCACGGCGUCCAACUUGCAGGUUUAACUUCUAUUUUUCUCCACACAGAGGGAUGCUUUUGGUGCCUCUCUUUUUCGUGCAUUCACCGUGAUGUAAACUGCAGCUUUUGUGCUCGACACCGACGUGCAGAUUCACAAAGCUGGGAUUUUCGCUGCGGUUUGGGGAGGUUUUGGCUGCAGAAAAUGGAAAGAAUAUGCGCCAUAGAAGCUAAUUAAACAUCUCUGCGUGAUUAAAGUUGAGGCAACAUCCCAGACAGACAAGACUGACAAGACAGACAGAGGAGCUGGCGGUGUCUCUGCAGAGGAUUUUCCAGCAUAGAUGGUGCCAAACAAGUGGAGCAUGAACUCAGUUCUGCACAAAUCGCCACCAAGGAGCUGGCUCGGGCUCAGAUUACGUCUCAGUAAGUAAAAACUCUCCAAGUCAGCCCUCUGCUGUAGUCAUGCCACUAUUCAGAGCAGCUGUUGGAUGAAAAUGAGUCACCUGGAUGCUUUGUUCUGUAACAGACAGCAUGUGUAAGCCAGUUGCCCUUUAGGAAAAGCAGCAGAUGAGCUCUUGUAACUUUGAUCCUGCAGGCAGCACAUCUCUGCUUCAUGCUUUCCUUUUAGUCAUCAAAGGUAACAGUUGGGUUUGCUAUGACCUGGGAGAUUAUCCCAGCUGGAGGUGCAGGACAGGACAGCACACUCUGAUCCUACAUUAUUCAGUGAUGAGGAGUCUUUGGACAACUCUGCAUAAACUCACAUGAUAGAUAUUACCUCUUGUAAAUCUCCCCCCGGCCGACACUAUUUAUUGUAUUCUCCCUUCAGACGUGCAAUCUGAGCCGCUCUCCCUUUCCCAGAUCAUAAUUCAGAUCAAAGUGAAACUUCUGCAUCCUUUGGUUGUAGUGAAAUAUUAUUUUACUUUAUCUUAACCCCAGAACACUAUCGCUAAAAUUAGUAACACCAUCACUAUCGCUAUCGGGUGAUUUUUACCUGAAAUAAUAUACCCAAGAAAAAGUACCUGUCAUCAAAAUAGGACAAAACAUGACAAAAUAAAGUAGUUUUCUUCUGUUUUUAACUGUAAAGAGUCCAAAUGGAGGAUAAAAAGUGCCAUAAAAAUGCAACAAAAUAACUGAAUUUAGGUAUUCGUCGUCAUCGUCAUCGUUUUCUUCCACUUUAUCUGGGUCCAGACGGUCCUCACCUCAGCCACUUCCACCAGCUCCUCCUGGAGGAUUCUCAGGUGCUCCCAGGUCAGGUGAGAGAUAUAAUCCCUCCACCUGGUCCUGGGUCAGCCACGAGGUCUCCUCCUGGUGGGACAUGUCUGGAACACCUCUAAUGGGAGGUGUCCAGAAGGCAUCCUAACCAGAUGCCUGAGCCACCUCAGCUGACUCCUCUCGCGGUUCUACUCUGAGCGCCUCCCGAGUGUCCGAGCUCCUUACCCUAUCACCCUGCGAAGGAAACCCGUUUCGGCUGCUUGUAUCCACAAUCUUGUUCUUUCGGUCAUUACCCAAAGUUCAUGACCUUAGGUGAGGAUCGGCACGUAGAUCGACCGGUAAAUCGAGAGUCUCGAUUACAGCUCAGCUCUUUCUUCACCACGACUUCUUCACUGCUCCGAUCUCCAGCUCCAGCCUACCCUCACUCGUGAACAAGAUCCCAAGAGACUUGAACUCCUCCACUUGAGGCAGCGGGAAAUUAGGAAUUCAUGAACAAAGCUGGCUAAAAUAUUUCUUAUCACCAUCUGAAUUCCCUUAAAAUCACAACUUUGUGACAGUUAUUCAUAACCACUGCGCUAAAUAAAGAUAGCAUGCAAAUUCCAGAAAAACCCGAAAAUCACCCGAACACGUGUCUGUAGGAAAAAGCGAGUUUUGGAUGCUGAAGCUACCCAGGGACCCGUGAUACUCAGACAAACUUAACUCUAUGAAAAUCACGUAAACAUGUUUGAUCACCUGGCGAUAGUGUUCUAGGGUUUACAAGUCUGCAAUCAGAGAGCUGUCAGAUUUGACUGUCCCAUUUCUCACAGCCUCAGUAGACAUAUUUAACUCAUUUAAAACCCCACAGUGAGUGAAUUUGUAACAAAAAUAGAUGAUAAUUCACUCUUGAUGAGUUUAGUAAGUAAUGAAACCACUGCAGAGUAUCUUCAGUCGACCCUCUGGUUAGUUGUCGUGCGCUGACUCCUGAUUUUGGCAGUCUGUCGGCUUCAUACAGCGAACAUGGAGUUAAAGUUUAGCAGCUUUAAUUGGUCGAGUCUGGAACCCUUCAGCGUUCCAGGCCACCGGAGUCUUAAGCCUGUCUUAAACACACUGGUCUAAUCUGGGACCAGAUGUCUUGUCUGGUCUCUGUCCACACACAUAAAAAAAAACAGAAACAAGACCUUUAAAUCACAGAUCUGGGUCUUUGAUGCGCUACGAGGAUUUGACAGCGUCUGCUGUGAUUAGAGAGGAUGGACUAAAUGAUGCUCUGUCUGACAUGAACAGUUUGUUUACUGUAUUGAUGCAUGACUGUAUAUUUAUGUGAGAAUAAUUCUGGUUUAAUUUGUUAUAAGGGUUCUGACUGGAUAUCUGAAGCAUUAUAAACUUGCCAUGAGGUGCAUGUAGUUGCUGUUCUGGAGCUUUUGGUGGUCUUCAUCACCAGAUUUGGUUUUCCUCACUGCAGCCGACCUCUAGGUUUUCAAUAUUUGACCAUUUUACAGCAGUUUAAAGGGAUAUUCCGUCUUAAAAUUAAUUUAGGGUCAAACACACCAUAACACCGAGUUAGACACCCCGUUGUGAGAUGAAUGUUGCUGAAAGCUUGCUUCUCUAGUUAUACCAACUUUAGAAAUGACCGCACGAUAGCAAUACACAAACCUCAACCAAAACGCCACUCUAUAGCCACAAAUAAUGCUCAGAACAGCACCUAACUUCAUCAACAGCACAUAUAGGGUCACAGCCAUAGUACUAGACACCAAACAUCUUCAUUUCUUUAGCAAAGAGACUAAACACAACUCACCUACUCUCUUCCAGCAGCCGCUUGUUUGUAGCGAGACCUCAGGCCAGUUUAUUACAGACUACAGUGGGGUGACGCAGCUCAAGGAAGAACAUUUAUGAUCAUUUCUUUAUUAUUUCCUUGAAGUAACAAUCACUAUAUUAUCAUUUUACACUGCAGACGCGGUAGUUCUUCUGCCUUAGAAGAACUAAUAUCGGCCGAUUCCGAUAUUAGCACAAACUUGUGCAUGACAAGUUUUGCACUCAGCUGCCAUGUCUUUUUCGGACUUUAGCGAAAAAUACUGCCACACAGCCGACAUCACUCCUACUGCUUGGUACUUUGUUCGUACCUUAGUAUGAUGGAUCAUGCAUGUAGGAUCCGGGUGCUACUAGCUAGAAGUGCCGGAAUGGAGUCUGGAAUGGACUGCUUGUAUCAAAGUGCUGAUUUUGGAGAUUUUAGAUGCAGGCCGAUAUAAUCCGAUAUUUGUUUUUUGGCUGAUAUCAGACUGAUAUUCAAUCUCAAUAUAAUAUCGUGACAGCCCUAUCAUCAAUGUGAACCAAGAAGUGAAGAAAGAGGCCAAUUCACGUGGCUCAAUUUUGAAAUAUAUGGCUACUUGCUCGAUAAAUAGGGAGCGCAAGGGAAUGAACAUCUCAGCUGGAUACAGGAUAUCGUGGAAUUUAAGUGUUUUUCACAGCGCCUGAGCCAAAAACUAGAUUAAGACUAUGACGAGUCAAGCCGCUUAUUCACUAAAGUAUAGCAGUUUGCAGCAUUUAUUAAGUUACAAUAGAGAGAGAGGAAUAACCUCCUUUAACAGGCAGAAACCUCGAGCAGAACCAGACUCAUGUUGGACAGUCAUCUGCUGAGACUGCAUCAUGUUUAAAGACGGGGGAGAGGGAGGGAUGUUAAUUGCAUUACAGAAUUCCAGGAGUUCAUAUUUCUGUUUAAUCUCAGCUCUAGAUGUUCGGUGAAUCAGGAAUUUGAGAAAACAGGAUCUGUUCUGUACGUUUCUAGUAUAUCACAGGAUCUAAAUGAGCAGAUGGAGUCAGAACCGGACUGUGGAUGUUCAGGUUUCCAUUUCUCCUGCUCCAUGUUUGGAUUAAAUACGAUCUUCAGUUUGGUACAGCAACAUACAUUUUUUUAAUCAGGUCACAUGAUCUUGAACAGCUGAUGGAUUUUCCUCCAGAGAAAAAAAACUGUGCCGUUUCAUGACAGCUGAGUUAACUCAUCUGAACACUUUUAAUUCAAAGAAAUGCAGGGCUUUUAAUCUGAAAGGGCUGCAGACCCCAGAGUGAACAUUCGGACUGUUUAGUCUGCCUGCUGCUGCAGCUCUCCAGCCUGACUCGGCUGCUGUCGUGUGUGUGUGUGUGUGUGUGUGUGUGUGUGUGUGUGUGAGAGUGUGUGUUUUAGUGAUUUCUGCCCGGCUUGUGGCUUGUUACAGUUCAGACUUCCUUCUUCAGACUGUCUUUCCAUUGUUCCUCUUUUUUCCCCGGCAGUAAUUUCCUUUCUCUUUUCCACUCUUUGCACUUCUGCCUUUUCCUGAUGUCGCUGUGGGUCACGGUUAUCACUGCUUUUGUUUUUCUCCAACUGCAGAGUCAUAAAUGUUCCAGCCUUUGCACUGAAAAUUAUUUGGUUCCUACAAAGACAAAAAAAAAAACUUUGAUUUAGAAGAGUUCGAUAAUUUCUCUUGUUUUAAGACUUAAUUUUAUUAUUUUAAGUGUUUAACUCGACACUACAAUCUUAUAUCAAGCACAACCUGAUCUUUAUUGUCUCAAAUAGGCAGGAAAUCUUAAAAUAAGAAAAAUAAGUGUAAAAUAAGUUAAAGUCUCAUCAGAAGGAAUCUUGUUUUAAGAUUAAGUAAGCCUGGAUUCAAGAUCAGCCUGCUUGGAUUGAGACAGAGUUUAGUCAUUCUUCACGAAUGACUAACUCUGGGUAUUUUUUCUCUAAAUUUCAAUUUUUUGUUUAACUAAUCUUCAGUUUAAUUUGCUAAAAGUAUGAAAACAAAAUAUGUAAUUGCUUAUAUUAAGUGUAUUUCAUUUAUUUUGAGGUUGUAGAAAAGUUACUUUUUAAGUUAUCUGAUCUUAAAACCAGCAUUUUCUCCUCACUUUAUACUUAUAUUAAGAACAUUUCACUUAUUUUAGGGCUGUAAAAGUUAAAAUUCAGGUAAUCUUAUCUUAAAACCAUUAUUUUAUACUAAUUUUAUGCUUAUAUUACAUAUAUUUAUCUUAUUUUUGGGCUGUAAAAGUUAAAUUUCAAGUAAUCUGAUCUUAAAACUAGCAUUUUAUAUUUGUUUUAUACUUAUAUUUAGUACGUUUAACUUAAUUUAGGGCUGUAAAAGUUAAAAUUUAAGUAAUCUUAUCCUUAAACCAUCAUUUUUUACUUAUUUUAUUCUUAUAUUAAGUAUAUUUAACUCAUUUGGGGGUUGUAAAAGUUAAAUUUUAAGUAAUCUGAUCUUAAAAUCAGCAUUUUUGUCUUACUUUAAUCCUUCCAAAUACAUUUGUAGACAUGCUUAUUUCUAGACUGAACAAUCUUAAUUCAAGAAAUCUUGUCAGGUUAAAUGAUCUUGCUGCAUGGACAGAUAAUUUCACUUGUUUUUAGUACCUUUUCCCUCAGAUUCAGUGUUUUUAUCUUGUUUUUAGACCCAUCUGUUUUGUAGUAUGGUUACGCUGUGCGUCCACUGUCACAUCUUCAGAGUGAUAUUUUUGACUCUUUACUUCGUCUCCAAGAGUAAAUAUUUACCCACCUUGCAGCACAGCUUGUUUCCCGCUACAUUGAAAAAAAAAAACAAAGAAGUAUAGAUGCUCUGACUCUGUGAUCCUCCUCCUCCUCAUAUCUGAUUGAAAGUUAAUUUCCUUCCUUGAACCUCAUCUGUUCUGUUCUGUACUUCCUGUAUGUGGCUUUUUAUUACAGCGGGGGGUUUAUGAUGCACGGAAACCUCUUUCAUUUAUGGUCUACCAUCAUGUACACAGUAUACAUACUUUACUGUAAGUGAAACCUGUCAUUUCACUUUGUAAAAUCAGCCAAAAUUCUGCAAUAAAGAUAGAAAACCCGUCAUAGACUCAAACCCAGGCUAGCUGAUUCUUGUAUUCUCGCUCUAGUGUUUCCUUCGACUCUGCUAAAUAAGUGUCUUUAUUUCAGGAUCGAGUUGCUUUUGCUCCGUGCGCUGACAGAAAUGAGGAUUACACAGAUUAGACGGGUUUUCAGUCUUGCUCCACUAACCUUCAGAGUCAUUUUGUGUGUUUUUGCGUCCCAGAUGAAGUCAUAAACGUGCUCACAGCUGGAGGCUAACUCGGCCUCCUUCUUCUCAUGAGCUGUACCUUUACCCAACACGCUGAGACGAUAGUAAACAGAGGGCUCUUGUUACUCUCCUCUCAGCUCUUUGUGCUGGUGUUUCUCUCAUGUUUGCUUUACUAACAGUAGACUUGUUUCUUGGCUUGAAAUUUCAGAUCCUCUCUUCUUCUUCUUUUCUUUUUCUUUUUCCCCCCUGAGGGUUUUUCUCUGUCCUCGUCCUGCUCGGCUGUUUUGCAUCAUCAUCAUCAUACGGAGGACGAUCUGUCACGAUCUGUCAUGCUCUGCUUUGCAUUUUCACCCAGUUUGCAUCCAGAAUCUCUUUAACCUACUUACAGGCUUGUACGUUCGGUCACUGCCCGGCGUUUGUCUGUAAGUGCGGCUAAUAGAAUCGAAGAAUCCGUCUGUAUUGUCUGUUAUGCUUCAGGGUUUCAUGGUUUACAGUAUGCAGAGGAUAAUGAACGGUUACACACACGCUAAUGCACACCUUCUUUAACGUCAACAUAAUGGCAAAUAUUUAUCUCUGAAUGGACACGUAUAGGCUCCACCCGGGCUAAAUGAGUGUUUAUAUAGUACAGUAUAUAGCAGAGCUCCACAUGACAAUAACUGUACUUUUCCUGUCAACUCUGUUAUUGGCUUCUCAAUGGCGGACCCCCUCCUACUGCAAUUUUACCCAGAUUGUUUCAAUUAUGAGAUUAUUCAUAUGAACAACUUAAAUAGUAGAUGUUUGUCCCUGUUAAAUGUUGGGUUGGGAAUGGCAGCGUCUUAUAGCGGUACUCUUUGCAGGGGUGGUCAUGCAUGUCAACUUUGCAGCAAAGUUUUGUUGUUUAUGAUGAAUAUAAGUCACCGAAAAAAACCACAUUAGACUCAUUUUUUUCAUAUUCUUGAAGACCGCUUGUGUUGUUUUUAGAGUCUGUGUUUUACAUGCAUUAGAAGGGAUGCUCUUAUGCAAAACGAGAUAUUCGAUUUAAGCCUUAGUGACUCCUCUGAACGCACAGCUAAAUCUAGGAUCACAGAUUCUGCAGGUAAACAAAGUCUUUGCCAAACGUAGCUAACACCAGCAGAGCUAGCACCACCAGACUUCAAUCCUCCUUUCAGGUAAACGUCCCCAUGCUUGCGCUGGUCACACAUUCCUCUACGAUGAUAUUUCUUAUUUACGGAAGAUGAGAACGGCCAUGGAAUUUCCUUUUUUAAAUGCACUGUUAUCUCCUGAUAACAACUUAUCUCGUUAUCUCAACAAAACAAAGAUAGUUUCUCUUGCUAAUGAAUCAAUUAAUAAUGUGUCGACCAUUGUUACUGUUGUUGUCCUAUUUGCGCAUGGCAGUUAAAUGUGUAAUGCGCAAAGUGGAGAGUGCCGUCACAGUUUCAUUGAAAACCAUGUAGGGUCCUAGUCAUAGUACUAGCCACCAAACAUCUUUUUAACUUUGCCUAAUUUAUUUAGCAAAGAGACUAAACACAACUCACCUACUCUCUUCCAGCAGCCUCUUGCUUGUAGCGAGACCUCAACCAGUCCAUUACGAAUUGCUGUGGGGUGACGCAGCUCAAGGAAGAACAUUUAUGAUCAUUUCCUUGAAGUAAUAAUCACCAUUAUCACCACGGGAGUUCUUCUGCCUUAGCGUCUCAGUCUGAUUGUAUUUCCAUGAAGAGAUGAUCAUAAAUGUUCUUCCUUGAGCUGCGUCACCUCACAGCAAUUCGUAAUGGACUGGUUGAGGUCUUGCUACAAGCAAGAGGCUGCUGGAAGAGAGUCGGUGAGUUGUGUUUAGUCUCUUUGCUAAAGAAAUGAGUCAAAGUUAAAAAGGUGUUUGGUGUCUAGUACUAUGUCUGUGACCCUAUAUGUCCUGUUGAUGAAGUUAGGUGCUGUUCUGAGCAUUAUUUGUGGUUAUAGAGUGGUGUUUUGGUUGAGGUUUGUUUAUGGCUCCUCAGACCGCUGUGUAUUGCUAUCCUGCCGUUGUUACUUAAAUUGGUAUAAUUGGCCAUUGUUACUGUUGAUGUCCAAUUUGCGCAUGGUUGUUAAAUGUGUAAUGCACAAAGUGGAGAGUGCUGUCUUGCUGUUGACAAUGGUAGUUAGGGCGUUUCAGAAACAUCCCAAUCUGGAGGGCGUUUUUAAAAAUUUAUGUUUUAGGUCGGCUAAAACGCCAUUUCUGUCAUCACAAGAAAUUGAUCUUUGUUAUAUCGAGCUAACGAGCUGCUGUAAGCUCUACCAACAUUUUUAAGAUCACAAUUCUGCCAAAUCACACCACAAUAUAAGAUUCUGUCCUAUCUGUCAUCUGGGCUUGUUUGCCAGAGCUACAGGAGCUGCAGCCAUACCUGCUCAGUCACAUCAUGUAACUGGGAUUUUAGGCCUUGAGUGACAAAAACCAACAAUCUGCUUUACAUCCCCAGUAGUCCCCCAGUCCCAUCCUUGUUAUGUCGAGUUUAUUUUGUUGUUGCAUCAACUCGUCACUUCAGGACACUUCACACAUUUUCUUUUUUCGGUGUUGGAUUCAGACUUUUGCACCUCCUCACACACACAGAAGUCUCUCAGUCUUGGUUUGGUCCUGAAGGGUUAACCUCUGCUGUUUGAUGGGCCACCUUGCUAAAUAUAACCCUCAAACCUCCUCCACAUGGGCACGCACAAGCCUCCAACUGCACUCCUUCUGUCAACACACUGCCUCGCACACUUUUAGCGCACACUCUCCAACAGGCUCAUUUACAGUCUCGUCGUAACGCAGCCGCUCACACGCUUAUUUCUCAGCACACCAUUAAUACUUAACUGAGUGUGAUUGUGUGUCGAGGGGGGAGCCGGCUCCUUCAUUUCCUCAUUCACAAAGACGAUUUACCUGCUAUUUCUGUCUCAUGCUCAAACAAAUUACAGGUGAAGAAGUGUAGAUUAGUUAUCGUUGUAAUCGUGUAAGAAAUAAGUGUCUAAAUUUGAGGUGUUCUUGUCGGUAAAUCAGCGCAGGAUUAAAAAAGUAGGUCACACAAGAAGCGAGAACCAGAGGAGGUUAGUUUGGUUUUGCUCAGUCCAAAGGUUUGCAGGUUUUCUGUUUUAUAUAAAAGAGCCCCAACGUGUUUUUUAAAUCAUUGAAAAGGUGACCUUCCUGAUGUCACACUGAUGUAAUCUUAGUGAAGUCUUUUAGGAGGCGAGGAAGGUCAGGCUAAAAGAUUACACUGCAUCAUGGGAAAUCAAGGAUCCGGGGUUUGCUGCACGAUAGGGAUUAAAGUCGGGAUGAACAACAUGAAAUUCUCUUUGUUGUCCGAAUUUGAACGUGUACAGAAGUCAUAUCAUCCGGGGCAGGUACGGAAACCUCUGAGGAGUAAUCCGGGAUUUUGUUCUGAGUACGCCAUAAACGGACAAAAUCCAAAUCCUUGAUAGUUUAUCCAGUUUGAACCCAAUAACACGGGUCACUGCUCUGCCUCCAGGCUUUCUCCUGGAAACGUUUCAAAUACCCUGAUUUAUUAGUGCUAAUGUGAGCUGCAGCUACGUUUCAUAUCAGUCUUUUCAGGUGGUAUUUAAGAGUAUUUGUUAAAAUUUUGGAACUUUUAUCUGUUCACAGAAAACGUGAAGUUCAAGUGUCUAAAAGAGUGAAAAACAUCCACACUGGUGAUGCCAUUUGUACUCUUUUAUCGGUUUGAUGCAGUUGGGAUUGUCCUACUGAGUGAACGGCAGAUUGUGUCCGAUUGUGCUGGAUUAUCAGAAAGUAACUGUUGGUUACUGAUCUGUUGGUUUCAUUAACUUUGACUUUAUAGUUGGAAGUAUAGAUAAAAAAUAAAAGAUUCCCUUCAUUGGGCCAAUAAAAAAAAAACAUCAUUAUAGUCUUGGUGAGGUCACCCACUGGUUCCCAUAGGGGCUAACAGUGUGAGGCGCCAUAUUGGAAUUGCUGACUCCAAUUGACUUCUUGCUAAUCAUGAAAUUGUUGUUUGCUAGCUGCGUUGUCCCCACCUGUAAGUGCGUUUAUUUGCACCUCAACACUUAUUUCACACAACUCACCUACUCUCUUCCAGCAGCCACUUGUUCGUACGGGGACCUCCGGGCGAGUCCAUCGACUGCAGCGGGGUGACGCAGCUCAAGGAAGAACAUUUAUGAUCAUUUCUUCAUGGAAAUACAAUCAGACCGAGACGCGAAGACAAGAAGAACUACCAUGUCUGCAGUGCAAAAUGAUCAUAAAUGUUCUUCCUUGAGCUGCGACCCCCCGCUGUUGUGGAUGGACCAGCGCGCAUGUCUGUGUAAAAAAAGUAGCUGCUGGAAAAGUGAGAGUGAGUUGUGUUUAGUCUCUUUUGUUAAAGAAAUCAGGCAAUUUGAACAAGAUGUUUGGUGUUUAGUACUCUGGUUUGGACCCUAUAUGUCCUGUUGAUGAAGUUAGGUGCUGUUCUGAGCAUUAUUUGUGGCUAUAGAGUGGCGUUUUGGUUGAGUGCGUGGCUCUCUGUAUUGCUAUCCUGCGGUCGUUACUAAAGUUGUUUUAACAAGAGAAGCAAGCGGUCGGCAACAUUCAUCUCUCGACGGGGUGUCUAACUCGGUGUUACAGUGUGUUUAUAUCCCUUUAAUAUCCCUUUAAAUGGGGAUUCCUUGACUUCGAAACUCUGCCUCAAGUGGACACUUAAGGAACUGCAGUUUUUUGCCCCUUUCGACUCCAUUGGGCCAAUGAGAGUUACAUUUGAACUUGAUGUGUAUUUAGGGGAUUGAAAACUAGAUUCACCUGAUCUAGCAGGUGCUGAGAAUCUCCUCUGUACCUGCUCACAGCUGCCAGAGCUUCUCACCGUGGAAAAGGAGUCUGUGUUUUCUUUGUAUUUAGUCCAUUCUUGAGUAAAUGUCAUAAGAUUAUUUUUUCAUUACCUUCAUACUUUAUGUGUGAGAUCACACCGAAAAAAAAAAACUACAAAGCAGCUCUACAAAUGUGAAGGUGGGUCUUGAGAAGCAUCUUUGUCUUAAGCGGUGAUCUGAUGGUCGGUGAUAAAAGCUCGGCGGUCUAAUACCCGCUCAUCUUCGCUCUUUGUUUCUGCAGGAGGUGGAAGUCGGCCCUUGUGUUUUGCAGCCUGGUUCUCAUGCUGCACGGCUGCUCUCUUCAUUAAACGAGAAGCCGUGUGCUCAAAGCUGCUUCAGAUUAUUACCAUAUGUCUGCAAAGCCCAGAGCUGAGCAGCAAACCGGCUCCCAUCCUACCCUCUAAUUUCUUAUCCCAAAAUUGGACAUGUGGGUCGUUGUGUGUGACAACGUCCCUCCCUUCCCCCGGCUGGUGCAGCACAUUCUCACAGUAUUUUUUCCUCCCGUUUUAGACGCAUAAUAGCAGAGCAUCAUCCUGCGAGCAAGUGCGGAAAAUAUUAUGCUCUUACUUGAGAUUUCUGGCCGCUUGUUGCUUUAACCCUUCUGCUGUUUUUCAGAGAUAAUAAAGACGUCUCACAGAUUUAAAAUCCCGGAGAAUGGACUCCGUCUCCAAGAGGCCAGUGUGUGCAUUGUACCUCCACAGAAAUAACUGAGCCGGGUCACCACAGAGCCGCUGCAUUCAUAAAGAGGCAUAAAUCUUUCAGGAGACAUAAAGGGCGCGGGCACUAAUUAAUGCAGAAAAAUGUCAGCCUUUUACAGUUUGCGUCCACUCCGCGUGUAGGAGGAGGUUUUAAAAGGAGAUCUUUGUGUCGCCCAGUCCAAAAAGCCAUUGGACCAGAUUGCCCGUCCCAGCAUGCAACUCACCUCUGCAUGAAUACAACACUUGUCUAAUGGUGUGGGCAGAAAAAGCCCCCCUAUCGCCAGGAGAUCCUACACAGGGUUUAACAUGACCAGCCUUUCCUUUCCUUUCCUCUCACGCCACUUUUGCACGCUUUUGCGAUGGGGAAGCAGCGACAGGGGAUGUUUAACCUGCUGGUGGAGAUAGGUUUGCAAAAUCUUUCAGCAGCAGGGUGUCUUUAAUUUGGUCAGGAAUAGCUCCGUUAAAUGGAUUAGAAGAGAGCAGCAUUUGGAGCUCAAGAGUACUCUGUGUGUGCGGAUGAUUAGCGGGUAACCAAGGAGGGAAAAAACUGGAUCAAGCGGCAAAAUUGGGGCUUGAAGGAUCAAUAAUCGGCCAGGACUUUGAUCAGUUAUAUCACCUGUUACCUACGUAAAAGCUGCGCACGAGAACCUGGAUGGCAGCCCGUCUGUUUGACCGAGGAGUGGAUUCAAUAACACGGUCCUCCGGAGGCGUAAUGGAUUGGACUUGAGGGAAGUCUGUUUGCACAUUUGGACGGGCCUUGAUGUCGAAUGAGACUUGGACUGAAGGUUCAAAGGGAAGUGUUUUUGAGGCUCCGCCGGGUGAGGUAAUGGUGCAGGUGGUUGGCAGUUGGCAGAGGUUGAGUUGGGCUGGCGAGUUUUUAUUAGAAAGAUGGUUGAUGUGGAGCGUGUAUUGAUCGUCUGCAGAAGAUUAAAAGAUCGGGUUUCAGGGAGUGUGAAGGACUGCUCAGACGUCAGUUUAGGUUUUCUGUUAUAAAGUGUGAGGUUGUCGGGGAGUGGGGGGGGGGGCUCAUUAUGUUCCUGUACUGGAAGAAGCGAGGGGCGUACGAGCUGGAGGCGCUGCCAGCCUCUCUCACCCAAGUGGGAAUGGAGCGCUACUCCUGGUCCUCAUCGCUGGACGUCAUCCAUGACCUGUGCGGUAAGCUCGGGGAACAGGGAGGAUCACCUGACUGGAUCUGUGUGUGUGUGUGUCUGAGAUGUUAAUGCAAAGAAAUCAAAAAUCAGAUUAGUUAUUUCUUCUCCAACCGGAUACUACAAAACUAACGCCGCCUUCCCAUGAGCCUCAGCUGUUCGCUGUGGUUUGUACUAAUCUGUAAAUGUAAGCACGCUCACAUUAAAAGCCUGGAUCAUUAAUAAAAAAUACACCUGCUUCAGCUUAAAAUAAACAGCUCUGUUAGUAAUUAACACGCUGACGUAGGUUUCUCGCUCACAGUGGAGUCUGAGUGUUUUCACACAUAGUUGCUGUUUCUGCUGAUUCAUCGGCUGAAUCCAAAUGUCAGAUUUCUGGACUUGCUGAGGAGAACGUUGGAGUUCAAUGUGGUCUGUGAUGGCACACAACUACAAGACUCCAAUAUUAACCCUUUAUUAUCCAUAUAGCAGUAGAUGACAGCCCCUUGGAUUGCUGUACAGUUUGAUGGUAUUUCGAUCUCCAUGGUUACCUUUGUUAAAUUGUGGAUUUUCUAGACUGUUUGCUGAUUUUGUUUUCAUAUUUUUAAAUUGAUUGGAAAAGUUAAGGAAAUAAGUCCUCCCAAGAACGUCUGGCGUCCACAUACAGAAGCUGUAGUCCUUGUUGCAUGUUUUCCCCACCUCCCAAUCCCUGUUUCUUUAAGUCUUCCUAACUGAUAAAGCGGACUUCUGCGGAGGACUUGCUUUAGCACUUAGAACUCAGCUGGAUCGCCGGCGAUCCCACGUGACACCAGUAAUAUUGUUUACAGUUUCUCGAGAACUAUACCGUGUAUCUCUUUGGGUUAAAAAGUGUUCAAAAGCUUACCCUUUUGGCGAUCUAUCAAGGGUUUCCAGUUAUUUCUACACCUGCCACAAGGUUUACAAUCAAGCCACAAAUAUAGGUGUUUGAUCAGAGAUAUUUGAUGGUAAAUCCACAGUCAUAUCCUGGUGAAAACAGGAUUAUUUAUCAUAUCGCUAUCGCUAAAUGCUGCUAAUGUCUUCAAUAGGUUUGACAAGCUGUUUUGAUGAUGUCUUCUCUGUCAAACUUUCGAUCAAUUACAUGGUCUCAUAUUCUUCUUCUAUUGUUCCCUUGGCGGUAGUGUCCAAUAAGAGGCAACAUAAAAUCAACAAGAGACAAGAAAGUUCCCUGCUUGUCUGCAAAAUCAGAAAUAAUGGUCCUCAAUGUUUGGAAACAAGUAAAGAAGAGAUUCUGAGCAGUAUGAUGUGGUCCUCUGUCUCAUCCCAGACUGGAACUGCUUCAAGGAGUGGCAGAAACAACUGGAAAUAGCUAAAAACGCCUGGAAGAAUGAGUGUAAAUAUGUAAAUAGUUUCUGUUGUGUUUUUGUUCCAAUCCCAAUAUUUCUUCUCCUGAUAGCCAAGACUUAACAGAAUGAUGUUCAGGUGAGAAAAGGCUUGGUCACUGUAGAUUUAUGUGUUUUUGUGCAAAGUACUGUUGGGAUCGAUUUCUGUUUUUGUUUAUUGGUUGAGUUUGAUGGUUCUGAAUCUACUGUCACAUUUAUUUUACAUCAUUUUUGCUCCAUAAACUGACAGCUGAGGUUGUCCUGAAAAAAAAGUGUGUAUAUUUGCAGUGCUUGAAAGAAAAGAGUUGGUACCAAAAAUAGUAAAAUACAUCUGGGAGUUCUAAGGUUUAAGCCCUCUUGUUGACUGUGCGCCUCAUGGUUCGGUCCGUCCUUGGGGGCGGCUGAGGCUCAGUCGUUGAGUUAAUUGUCUUCCGGUCAGAAAUCUCGUAACUCAAUAAACAUCCCAGCACCUGCAAUCUGUAUGCUGAUGUGUCCUCGGGCAAGAUACUGAACCCUGAAUGUCCCCGAGUGGUAUCGCGUGCAGUGUACGAAUGGACUUACUGGUGAGCCCUUUAUAUAACGUCCUUUGCGAUCAGUAUUCAGACUUCACAGGACAUCUGAGAGUUUGAGGUGAAUACUAAAACAAAGCCAAAGUUUCCCCAAGAAACUCCAGUCCACAAUGAGCAACUUCUUUGUAACAGGCAGAAACCCCGAGCAGGACCAGACAUCCAUCUGCUGUGAAAGGAUAGACCAAGCUGGUGGAUAGAAAUGGAUAGAAUAGAGUCACCUGGAUCCCCUUAAAAAUGGUCUAAAUCUGCCCGUUUACCUCUAAUAUCAUGAUGGAAACAUCUCCAUUUAUUUCAUGCUUGUUCCAAAUAUUGAAAAAGAAAUGGAAACCUCUUGUGUAGCUCAGACUUGAUCACCCGGUCUCAUCCUUCUUCAUCCACCGUGACACGAGCGGUUAAGUAACGUUAACAUGGUUUUGACAUGACUUGACUUUGUUCUCUGUAACUUCUCUCCGAGCGGGGUGACCUGCUUCUCUCGUACUUUUGAGCCGAGGGUUUAAGCACCAUCAUGGAAAGGUUUUUUUUUUUUUUUUUUUUUCCAUUGCCGUGUUCUUCCGUGGAAAGCACUCAGUGACCUGGCAUAAGGGAAAAACCUCACAUGAGGGGAAGAUCCGACAAGUCAAGCUCCACGGAUGAAAUAUUUACCGCUGAAGAAGUGCAAAGCUGGACUAAAAUGUUUCCCUGUCUUCACUCGGGGCUUUUUCUUUUUUUUUUUUCAAGAAGCACUGGGGCACUUACUUUCCGCUGUGCCGCCCGACUUCUGCCAUUAGUGGAAGGGAAGUGAUAACGCAGGGCCGGGGAGGAAUGUUCUUCAUCCUCCGCUCUCUGCCAGCCAGACUCUUGGAAAUCUGGCUUCUUUCUGGUCAGCUUAAGGACGAUGCCUGCUGAGGCAGACCUGUUUGGCAGAGACAGAAAGAGAGGAAUGCCACCGAGAGAACAGUGAGGCUUUGAUCCUUACCUUUUCACCAUCUCUGUAAUUAAGCCCAGAGCUCCUACUGAAAACAUUUUCCAACUAUUGAAGCGCUUCACUUUAGAGAUACAAAUACUUCUCUUUUCCCAGAAACCAUACGAUUCAGCUCCAGACUCACUUGUUGUUCCUUUAGUUUGAGAAUCUCAACCGUAUAUCCGUUCUUGUGAUACUAAAAAAAGUCUUGAGAUUGUUUUCUCAAGUCUGCAGCAGCUCUUAUGGGGUGUUGAUAACUGAAAGUGUUUGCCAGCGUGCUUGAAAUUGUGUUUCGGGAGCCAACGAUCUACAAAGACUUGGUGUGGGUUGGCUUCUUGCAGCUCAUCAGCUGUUCUGCAACAAUUAUUCUUUUUCAGACUCUUCACUUCCUCUCAAGUUCCUCUUUAUUAACUUUACAUUAUUUUCACAUGAAAAACUACCUUGUGUUUCUCACUCUGGUGUAUUAAAAUACCUCUAUCUGAAACAUAUCGUUUUAGCUACUGUCUCUUUAAGGCCCCACCCUUCCUCAAACCUACUUCCUUCUGAUUGGCCACUUCUCCAGGGGUUUUCCGGCAGGACGUUCUGAUUUGCCGGAAGCACAGAUCAACUAAUAUAAAUGCUACAUUCGAGUUACCUCGGAAGUCAGAUGUUGGAGCUGAAAAUGAUGCUCCACCCGAGUUCCCAGUGUUUCAGUUUUUUUCAGAAAAAAGCAAAAUCGGAGACUGAAACAAGAUGGCUACAUUUACAGAAGUUAUUUUAGCGCUUGCCUUAUAUUUGGACAAGGCAAACGCUAAAAUAACUUUAACCCGAUUUCGCUUUUUUACGACUUGGUAACUUAAUGCUGCUAACUCAGUUGUGACGUAAUUUUCAGCUCGGACUUCUGACUUCCAAGGUAACUGGAAUGCAGCAAAAGAGCCUAUCGCGAUGACAUCAUUAGUUGGUAAGUCUCACAGAGAUCUCGCGAGAUCUCCCAACGAACCAUUUUGAGCAGUUAACAUUGAUUUUCUUGGAUAAUUACAACAUACGCUUACCUCGUGAUUUGAAAAUGUAUGUACAUCUAGUAUGAAUCCCAAACAUUGUAAAUGUGGAAAAGCAUAAUUCCACUGCUAUAAUCUAUUUCAAGAAACGUUCAAACAUCCUGAGGUUCUCGGUUCUACUUCUAUACUCCAAACAUAAACUCUUAUCGUUAUGUUUAAUACUUAAUCGUCAGUUUUGUAGCUUUAAGACCAAAACAUCGGAAUAUAAACAAAGAGCUCAAAACGUUUUAAUUUUAUCUAAUAAACAUAAGAAUAUAUGAAAGUUUAGUUUAGAGUUAAAUAAGAUAAAAUAACACAAUUUUAUUAAUUUUGAUGAUGGCUUCCUCAGUUACAGUCUUUGUAACGGUUCUGUUUCUACUGCUAAUGCUGAUCCAUCUCUGUCGCUUACUGCUGUUUUUAAAAAUGUGGGUUCAGAUGAUGAAAUAAGAAAAGACGACAAUCUUUGUCAGGUCUUGCAAAGUCUGUUGGGUCAAAAGCCUUCACCUAAAAACUGUUUAUAUAACCACAUCCUUUAGAGAACGGAUGAACCUGAAGUCCCACGGUUGGGUGAGGAUGGAUUGGUUGAUUGCGGUUGGUUUUCUGGGUGCAUCUUCUUGGCGAGGAGGGUACGGAACAUUAAUACAGACCGGUUGUGUGGGUAUUGUUAUUUGAGAAAAGCUCUGUUGAUGUUUCUUUGUUUACUGUCCUCAGGGUUCACUAACCCACUCGUCAAACUGACGAUAGACUUCCUGCUAAACAGGUGACGGAGCUGUUUUAGGUACGAGCGCAACAAUCAAGCUUUCGACGCCCCGACAUGAACAGACUCAGACUGUUGGUUGCGUCCUAAUUUGGUCUCCAGUAAAAGUCACUUCACGCCGCUCUUAUACUCAUGCCGUACACGACUUUCGCCAAGCCGGUCCACGCUGCAUUCCUCGGGUCAUACUCAGCCACGGGUUCCAGUAACAGCUGAACAUGCUCCUGUUUUCUUUGCAGUUUAAGCCCAUAAAAAGAAGAAUCUGACCCCAAAAGGCCACAUUAUUACAUAAUAAUCAGCUCGUACUUCACCGGUUACUGUACUCUCGGACAUAAAUGCUCUAAAAAAUUCAAGAAAUGCAGUAAUCCCCUUAUGACCCCUCUUAAAAACGGGGACAGCGUAUUGAGUUUUCAGCUAAUGCUUCGUCCUAAUGUAACAGUGGUGUAGACCACAUUGAGAGGCUUAAGAAUGGAGAGUUUUUUUUUUCUCUUGACUAAUCACAAAAUGAGUCAGCAGAAUAAAUACAUUAUUUGUUUUUCUCCAUCUUUUAAAUUGAGGACUGUCGUCCGCCCCUCCGCCCCUCUCUGGAACAGUUUACACUUGUUGUUCUGCGGUUUCCAGUUAAAAACGUUGAGACCUCGGGUUCGCUCUGAUGUGGUGGAGGAGGGAGAAAGAUGGAGGGAGGGGGGGAAGGGAGUGUGUGAUGCACAUGUGUGUGAUUUAACCGCUAUGGGGGUAAAACAACAUCAAGCAGGAGGGCUGCGUCCUGCCCCCGUCGCCACUGAACCCUCGGCAUUAAAAACAGCUGCAACCUGCUCGGGUUCGAGCGUCUCAUUCACCUGUAGAGGAACUCUGUGGGGCUUCAGAGGUGAAAGUUUGGACUGAGAUGUUCACUCAGGAAAGAGCUUUUCAUUAGGUUUGGCCUUUUUUACUGGACAUUAACGGUUUUCUGAGUAACUCUCCUGAAAAACGAGGGAUGAAUCUUGUGUUUUAGACAAAAUAACAGGAGGAUUUUUCUAAGAUUUUCUCAUAAAACUGUUUCCAGGUCCAAGCCCAAAUCUAACUGACUGAGUUUUCUUGAUCCAAAAAAACAUCACAUCCAUGAAGAUCCUCAGUUUGCUUCAAAUCUGUAAAGGUCUUAUGAUCUUACUCAAGCUGUUUUGGAUCCAUCUUAACGUGUAAAAGUCGUGUUUGGAUCCUUCCUCAGUGCGGAUGAGAAUUUCAUCUCAUUUACGUGAUCUGGAUCAUUUGGCACAGCAAGAAUCUCCUCUUUUGUUUCUCUUGUGGUACUGAUCUUGGUUUGGACUGACUACUAUAAGUCUUGAAACUGUAUUGGCAAGAACUUACUCGCUGCCAGAGCGCCCCUGAAUCUGAAUAGAAGAGACUCCCGGGCUUGACCUCAGUCAGCACGUUUCCACGACACUUGAGAAAACCGAAUUAUCGCCUUACUCCAACUAAGACCAGACAACUGAAGUGCACGUAAACACCUCUUAGUUGGAAUAUAAUCAGAGUUUGAGAACUCCAAUUAAGACACCCAGAUAAUGCGAUUGGAAUUCGAUUUUCUCUACCAUGUAUCCAGUGUAGUAAGAGUAUGAUUGGACAAUGCAUGUGCGUGUGCGCCACGCCCCCGUAACCCCGGAACAAAAACACCAGAGAAGGAAAAAGUACCGCAUCCAUCAUGUACAACAAGAACAACGCUGAAGGACGCUCCAUCUUCUUGUUUCUCCAAAAUGCCCAGCAGCAGUUGUAGACACUUCUGACGUCUGACACCGACCUGCUGUUGCUGUUGACGGUUGUAUCGGGUCGGAAACAGCGGCACUGAAAAGACCCGUAUCUCCGCCUAGUUUUGGAGAGGAGGACAUGUUCACGGCAAUAAUUCAAUUUUCUCAGCUGCAUGUUAACGAGGACAAGGAGAGAAGUCCGAUUCGGCGAAUAAAACAAAUAUGAGCUUAGUCCGAUAAAGCCGUGCAUGUAAACACACUGACUGUCAGACCCAAACCAGGUUAGCGCCGGUGUCUAGACUCUCCCAAACUGAUACAACAAUAAGACAUGACUGACAGUAAGUCCAAAACCUACUUAGCUGGAAGUCGAGGAGACGCUCUUGGACUGGAUUCAAAUCCUAAAUCAACAUGGACACUUGUCUCAACAUUACAAUGAGCAGCAGACUCCCUGGUGAAAGUCACGCAUUUGACCUAGAAGAUUCCUCGUUGAAUAUAAAAACCCAGUUCAGGGACUGACUGGAGUGUCUGCUAAUUGAAAAGGCGCUCCAGAUGAUGUUUUCGCCACUUUACACUUGUAGAUCUGCCCGACUGUUACCCAGACCCCGAUGAUAGGCCAAACAUCCCUCACUGUUUCCAACCUUGGAUCCUGACGCCGCGUUAAUAUAACGUAUGUUCUCACUUUCCCAUCUGCUGGCUACCCUGCAUGUGCUGAUACAGCGAUCUCCUUGCCAGCUUUCUCGUACCGUAUGCCAUCCCGCCUGCCCGCCAUCUGUCUAUCGAAGCUGGUGUUUGAGUAUGAACUGUCUGCUGCCCUCCUCUUCGUGUGCCAUGAUGGGAUCUCACCGAACAGGGCGAAGCAUUCUUGACAUUCCUCAUAAAACCGUGGGCAGGUCUUACGGCUAGACUUGGUGCCUGGUUCUGCCUCUCCCUGCCUAAACUUGGAGGUCUGGUAGGGAAGUGGUGAAGACCGAAAAGGAGCCUGGUUGAACUUUGAUAGCACCUCUCUCCGAAGGUGCACCAAUAUUUAUCCGACAUCCAAACGACUCUGUGCAGGAUUGCUUAACACCUGUCAAACUUUCCACUUUCCACUGAAUUUGCUCGCUUGACAGUGGUUACCGUGACGAUUUAUGACUCACAAUCAAAAGUAAAAACUCAAAACUUUCUCUCUCUGACCUCAGACAACUGCAGGCCUCUCAUUUCAAGCUGACGGCAGCCUAUUUUAUUGUCCGAAAGCCAUCUGUGUCUGACUCUUUUAUGCCUCCAGCUGACUCGCAUUAAAUGAAAAUCUGAGCUCUUGCACAAAAAGAUCUUAAAUAUGCAUUUUCCAAGACUGAUGUAGACAGAAAGCCAGCGUGUUCACCCGUAGAUGAAACAUUUAAAAGACACGGGAAUGAAAGAGACGCAUUGUUCUCGUGUUGCAGAAUCCAAGAAUCGAUCACAGUAGACUGAAACUGUUGUAUUUUAGUUUCCUGAUUGGUGCGUGGUCGGUAAAUGGCGUGUUUCAGCUCUCGUGCAUUAUCAGAGCAGCAGUCAUGCAUGAUUGAUAGGAAGGAUGGUUGUUCUGCGGUUACAAAGUGAGGAAACUGAGAUUGACAAGUUGGAAUACUUAGUAAAUCUCGCGUGUUCAAGUGAACAUCAUCUCGAACUUUUCCCUCGCUGGUCUGGAUUUAUUUAUGGGUACCUAAUGGGCCUUUGCCCCGGGCGCUCUCUCUCUCUCUCUCUCUCUCUCUCUCUCUCUCUCUCUCUCUCUCUCUCUCUGUGGAUGCGAUGCUCCACCGUCUCUUUAGAGUGCGAGCUCAUUGUCUGCCAUCACGUGUGUUCGUGUAUAGUGUGUGCUUGUGUUUGCUUUUGGCUUAAUCAGCACUGCUGAGUUCAGAAAUUCCAGUUCAUCAGAGAGCGAGAAAGCGAGAGAGUCAGCAAGAUCUGAGCAAGUAGGACAGAAGAUGGAGCUUCAGCCGUGAUGGAGUGAUUUUACAAGACGGAUGAAAAAGGAAACGGGGCGAAUAAAGAGCUCGAAUUUAGGACAGUGUGAAUUAAAGGACACACCAACUCAAGCUUUUUAAAUGUGAUAAAAAUAGAUUAAAAAGUCCGGAUUGAGACCAAGUCUUAGCUCUCCAGUGUGUAAUUAUUGCCUCUUGGGUUAAGCUUGUUGUUAAAUAGUUGUCUCACAUCCAUAUUUUGAUUUAUUUCGACCCACCUGAUGAACUCUGAGUCACCUGCAGAGUCUCGCUCUUGCAAAGAAAGUCCUGCCUCUCUGGGAAGUACUCCAUCAAAGCUGGAGGCUCCCUCUGCAGUGCGCUGCCUGUAAACCCUCAGGGACCUGUUAGUUUGAGGCCUGCUGGCAGAAACCACAGUCAGCGCUGAGAGUAUGUCUCGGCCUGAUCCCAGAUCUGCGCAGACAUUUCCCCGGAGGUUAGUGAAAGUUGGGUGGAAUUGUUGAACGUGUCCAGAGGGGCUUUAGACUGAGUAACAGUGGAAGUGAAGGCAUGACCGGGUCUGGAUUUGGCCUCGUCGUCAAGGACUGAAUUACCUUGACAACCAUUUGGUGUUUGUGGAUGAUCGAUACUAUAGAUGUUUAUUUAGCACAAACUUGUGCAGUUUUGAUUUGGCUGCAACAUCUUUUCCGGACAUCACUCCUUCUCCUUGCCACUUUGUCAGUACCAUAUGCUGUGUUCGAGUUACCGCGGAAGUCAGUUACCAUCGGAAAAAAUCUAAAUCAGAGGUGGAUAGUUACUUCAGCGCUUGCCUUAUCAUUGUUAUAUUCGGACAAGGCAAGCGCUAAAACAGCUUUUGUAGAUUUAGCCAUCAUGUUUCUGGUAACUGAAACUUUGGUAACUCUGGUGUGACGUCAUUUUCAGCUCCGAUAUCUGACUUCCGCGGUAACUCAAACACAGCAUUGAUACACAUUGUUGUUGUGAUCACAUGGGCUCUGCAUGCUGGAUUCAGGCGCUGCUAGCUAGCAGUGCUGGAGCAGAGUCUGGAAUGGACUGCUUGUAUUUGGGAUUUUAGAUGCAGGCCGAUAUAAUCUGUUUUUUUUUUUUUUUUUGGCUGAUAUCAAACUGAUACCCGAUAUCAAUAUCAGAUCAGGACACCCCUAAUCAUAUCAGCUUCAUAGGUCACUCAAAAAUCAAGGACAGGCUUUCAUGGUCCCCAUGGGAGAAAGUGGGAGAAAAAUUGAUACAGCAUAGUAUCGCGAUAUAUUGUCUGGUGAUAUAUCGUAUCGUCUCAUUUAACAAAUAUCGUUUUUUCAAAUUAAUUUCUAGUUAGUGCAACACGUAAAUAUAAGGUUUGCAAGAUAUGCUACAUAAAAAUAAUAUACAGCGUAAAUAAGACAAACAUGAUUGAAAGCUAAAUGCUAAAUUAACUUAACAGUUGAAAAAUAUUGUGUAAAUCGCAAUAUAUUGUAUCGCAAUACUCACUGUAUUGCAAAAUGCUUAAAUCGCAAUAAUACUGUAUCAUGGCCCCAAGUGUCGUGAUAAUAUUGUGUCGUGGUGCCACUAGUGAUUCCUACCCUUAGUCCCCAGAUGAUAAUCUGAUUUUAGAAUAAAUCGCUCUCUUCCUCACCCCUCUGACUUGUCAAGCAACGGUGGCCCUCAAGGUCAAAAAGCUGCCGUGAUACACGAUGAUUAGACUUCGACCAUUAAACCCAAUCACUGUCAAAGGUUACUCAGAAAUCUUAGUCAAGUUCAUGGUCCACAGAUGAUGAACCUGUCUGUAAAUUCCCUUUUAUUCCCCAAUAGGUUGAUCUCAUAGCUUCACUGAGGUCCAUUUAGAACUUGUAAAUAAACUUUUGUAUAAUUCGUUCGAUGUUCACUCUCUCUGUCUCCAAAACAUCAAAUUUCCUCCCAGUCUGUUCUGCUAAAUGCUCCCGAAUACCACACACUGUAGCUUUAAUGCGAACAAACCCAACAGUCGUGAGCACGGUCACCAUUCCACCUGCUAACCAUCAGCAUGUUAACAUUGGCAUGGUGCACAUGUUGACAUUAGCAUUAAUCUCGCAGCGCCGCUGUGCCAGAGCGCCGUCUCACAGAGGAGCUAGUGUGGCUGCAGACUCUCCGUCUUGUUUUUACUCCCAUUGAGCAAAUUCAUUGCAGACAGGUUGACCCUUCCCUUCCCAGUGGGGAAGCCUUGGGCUCUGCGGUAUGCACCAAUUACAGUGUUUUUCCCUCUCCUCCAGCAGCACCCUUGACCUGUGAGUGUAGCUGUAGCCAAGUGGAUGACUCGAGGUGACUUGUUCCUGUACACCAGCUCUUAAGAAGCGCCUUGGCUGUUUUACUCUUUCUUUCAUUGUGACGGAUGGUUGUUUAAAGUGGCCUUAAAGUUCGGCCACUAAGUGACUUCAUUUUCAAGCAGCAGCAUGUCUCGAUUACUGAUGAUUUAGAUGUAAUAUAUGUGCAUGUGCAGCUCGGCCAAAUAGGGAGACGUUAAGCAGACUAUCUGAGCAAAACUUUUCUGCAACGAGCACCUUCUCCCAUCCUUUACCUUCCCCUCCUGCACAUUUAUUCUGUUUUUCUCAUUAGGCAGACAGAAAAAUAUUGUUGCCCUCAGAGUCUCUGUUUUGAUAUCUUUAUCGUGUGUGUACGCGGAGGAGAUGUAGAGGUAAACACGGCCUUUUAUCAUCCCCUGAAUGCGGCAGCGUUAGCCGGCCAGUCAAGUAGAUUGGGGAGGUUUAUUUGACAAUGGUGAUUUGUUAUUGUGAAGUCGAGCUUCCCCGCGAUGAGUGCACUCGCGUUCAAAACCCAGGAUGGUGCUUCCUCUCGUUCGCUCCGUUUUCCUCCUGCCUCUGCGCUCGUUACUCAUUUCUCUCUGAUCUCCUCCCAACGACACACCCCACCCUCUUCCCUCUGUUUACCUUUCCUCCUCGAAAUCUCUUUUUUCACUUUAUGACACGGCUCCUCGCUCUCUAUGACUGUGUGAGAGUGUUUCUGGGUGCUCAAAGUCACUCUCCCUCCCUCUUUUUUCUCCCCGUCCUUCUAUAAACACAGGCAGGGACUCCAGCCUUCAUGUCUACAUUAUGUUUUUACAGCUUUACCAAGAAAGGUGUGUUAAUGGACGUGUGCCUGGUUUGGUGUUUCAGUGAUAAAGAGAGACGUCAGAUUGACCCGUGUGUUUGUGUGUGUGUGUGUGUGUCUCUUUCAGAUGACAAGCCCGUCCAGGAGGAGGACUGGGUGGUGUGCCAGCAUCCUGAGUGUCCUGAGCGACGGAGGGCCUCUAAGGUAAGCCUCUCGGACUUAAUAAGGGUUUGUGGAGUGACAGAUUUCAACUCGAGGAAACGGCGGGGAAGUCGGCUAACACGAAAAGUUGAUUCAACUUGGGUGGUUCAAAGAAAUCUGCGAUGUAUGAAACAUUGAAAAACAAGUGAAAAUGCUGCAGUGUGCAAGCAAACAAGAAGACGACGGCUCAAAAACCAAGAAGUUAAACUCAGUAGAAACAGCAGAGUAGAGACCGCACACUGGUCCUUCACUGGUCUUUUUGCAGGAUCCACCUAUUGCAAGUAGGCCUGGGCGAUUUGGCCAAAAACAUGAUCACGAUAUACUUUGUCAUAUCGUCUGAUCCCGAUUAUUAUCCCGAUUUUUUUUUUAAAACUGCCAGUUUUAAAGCAUCUGUACUUAAAAGUAAAACAUAAAUAGAUAAAUACUAAAUAACUUUUCUUCUAUAAUAUAUCCACUAACAUCUUUGGAGGAUGACUCAGAGUCAUGGCUGACCACUAUUUUACUGCCCGUCAGCUCCAUGUUCGGUUACUUUACUUGUCCAGCAACUUACAGAAGUGAGCAGGAAAAGCUCCACUCUGAUUGGCUGUUGUGACGCAAAUUUUCGCCAUGUUUGAUCGAGUAAAUAGGCUCACAGCUGAUCACCGUGAUCGGACUGAAAUUUAUCCCGAUAAUUAAUCACGAUUAUAUAAUCGCCCAGUCCUAAACUGCAGGUCUUCACAGUUUGGAGCCUGGCUCGAAAAGUUUGCAUUUUUAGCCACCAGUAAUGUUUUACCGAAUAAGAGGACCGGAAAACCCAACAAUAGCUCAAUGUUAUCUGUGCAAAUUGUCUCUAAUUGCAUAAAUUGAUGCGUGAAUCUUGAUUUUUGACAAUUAUACGGUUAUAAAACAAACUGCCAAAGUUUUUACUCCCAUUUUUGUGAAGAAAUGGUUCAGGAAAUCAGGAAAGUGAUAAAAACAUCUGAGCUGAACGGGUUAACACUUUGCCUCAGCUCCAAACUUUGUUUCCUGUUUCCUCCCAACAAGCGAUGUCGGCUUCUCGACACCACGACCGCAAACGCCCCCUAAUCUUCACCAAGUGGUCGUUAUAGUCGCCAUGAUGACACACGUCUCCAAACCUUGACCAAACCCUCGUCUUCCCUGAACCUGAACCGGUUCAUUUCAGUGCCAGAACUUACUGAGCUCAGUCCUGGAGGUGCUUUUGUUGCGGUUGGAGGUCAGUGACGAACGAUAUCGUCAUGAUGGAGAUAUCAAACCUAGAGGAGUCAUGUUUGUCAUUGUGAGUGCAGUUACAGUGACUGUAGGGAUUUGCAGCUUUAAAGUCAGGAUGCACACACUCUGACUGAAGUUUGCAGGAGUCUCUUUUGGCCUCUUUUGUUGCGCAUGAAAAGACAGGAGUAGAAAUGUUGUGUCUAGAAGCUGCCUCUCUUCUUUGAGGUGUUAAAAGGGGGCGUGCAUGUCAGGGCGCUGUGUCGGGGCCACCAGACUGUGAAAUGAAUUAUUCCUUUGAAGCCACUGGUUUCUAAAAAUGGGAGUCUAUCCAGACAACCACAGAAAGCGACAUGCUGCCUGUCUGUCUGUCUGUCUGCUUGUCCGUCUGUCUGUCCUGUCUGUCGUUCAUGCCAGCAGAGUGAAGCUUUAGAUAGAUUUUCCCUCUGAAUGGAGACGUCGGCCCCUGCUGUCCUCUCUGCAGAAACAAUAGAGAGUGAAGACAACCGCUAGAAAAAGAAGGUGAAUUCAGACAGCACGUGGAGGGAGGGAGAGGAGGUUAUAUAUAGUUUUAUCUCCAUGGUAACAGAGAAUAAUAAAGUGGGGGUAAGAAGAGAGAGCCAAAGAGCUUAACCUGAACCAUCCUCUCUCUGCUCCUCACAUUAUUGAAUCUUCAAACCAACUUCGCCUCACUCAGCAAACUCCAUCUUUUAAAGAUAGAGGACGUGUCUGCAGAGACCGAAGUGUGCAUCUGUGUUUAAAGACCUGCUGUGGCACGGGUGGGACCGGACCUGUGGGACGCCAAGAGCCCCCCCCUCCUGCUCAGGGUCAGGGUUUAUGUUGUCGUGGAAGUAGAUUAUGGAAAACUUGACAGACUGUUUCUGUCUUUGUAGCUCAGCAUGCUCCAUGAAACUAGACUUACAUGUUACAACACCACUGACAUAUUAGACAUGGUUGCUAAUGCUAAUGCUAUAGACAGUGCUUGUUCUUCCUUGAGCUGCGUCACCCCGCUGUAGUCUGUAAUGGACUGGCCCGAGGUCUCGCUACAAACAAGCGGCUGCUGGAAGAGAGUAGGUGAGUUAUGUUUAGUCUCUUUGCUAAAGAAAUUAGUCAAAGUUAAAAAGAUGUUUGGUGGCUGUGACCCUAUAUGUACUGUUGAUGAAGUUAGGUGCUGUUCUGAGCAUUAUUUGUGGCUAUAGAGUGGCGUUUUGGUUGAGGUUUGUUUAUGGCUCCUCAGACCGCUGUGUAUUGCUAUCGUGCGGUCGUUACUGAAGUUGGUUAAACUAGAGAAGCAAGCAGUUGGUGUGUUUGACCCUGACUUAAAUUUAUGCCGGAAUAUCCCUUUAAGAGUUGCCGUAGACUGCUGUAAAGUGGUUGUUGCUGUUAUCUAGCUAGCUCUAAGAUAUCAAUCUUUGCUCGUUUGUCCUCUAAUUAAAAAGAAUCUCAUCCUGCUCACUUUUGAUGGUCAAAUGAUCAUUUACAUUGAAUAUUUUAUAAUGAAAUUGAAAAAAAAACCCUUACACUUGUUUCAGGCGUUAAAAUUAUGAUAUAAAAACCGUCAAUCUUGGCGAUAAUGUUUUCAGCUGCUUUUGUGUGGCAUUAAAAAGCAUUGAAGUGAAUUUAAUUCUAUUUCAUCAACAUAAUAAAAAAACUCCUGAUUGGACCUUUAAAAGCAGCUAUGUGACUCAGUUACCCUUCACAGCAUAACACACAUUGUGCUCAGAUUAUCCUCGCAAUUAUUAAUCCCCUAUUGAUUGAAAAAAUCCUAUUAAUUUGACAGUGACUAUUCCUGAAUAUCUAAGUUUGAAAAAGAACAUUUCUUUGGAGUAAAAACCGGCAUUUUGGAUCUGACUUGAUUCACUCUGUCCACUUAGAUAACUCUGUGAUGGAUUCUUUAAAAAGUUCAGCUUCAUAAUUCACAGUUUAGGCGGUGAGCGGCGUUGAAUCAAAGCCUCCGUAUAAGUUAUUACACUCUGAGGUUUGUCAUUAGGCUCCCAGACUUUAAAUGACUCCAUCCUGGUGAAUCAUUGUUUAUUUCUAUGCUUCACCGCCUGACCCUGAGGUGAUCUCUGCGUCCCAGUACACUCCAGACAUCCCCAGAUGUCAUAAUUUCUUCAUUUCUGAUAAUUUUAGCACCUUAAAGGAACAUUUAGAUGAUGAGUCAUGAAACAUAUCACCCUGACUGUGCAUUUCUCUUUGCUUGUUGCUCAAUAUUUUUACACUCACUGCUUGUAGCCGGUUUUAAACAGCAGGGGGCAACGUCAUGGCAACUGUGAGCCACAGGCCUCGCUCUGCUGCUCACUCAGUCUGCAUUUACUCCAUAACUAAGAGGAAAACCACUUUAAGUUUAGAUGCAUGACAGAAAGCGAGCAGUUUUCCUCUGAAUAUGAAACAGCAUUAAACUUUUAUGUUUCGUUUUAAGAGUUGAAGUACUACGAAUAGUCUCUCUGAUAUUCCUGUGGUUUGGCAGCGGGACACAAACACAGACAGAGGGAGAAUCUGAGGCCGGACCUGCGCUGCAUUUCAAGCGUUUUCUUCCCAGACAGGCCUGCCUUCGCUCCGCUGCUGCUGUAUAUCAGCGCCUGACAGGCCCGCGUCUCUCUUCCAGUCACAGCAUGAGCUCACCUGCACCAUAAUUUACUGAAAUCACUCCAGGUGUCAGCCUCUGUUCUUACGCUGCUGUAGCUCAGCGCUGUCACCACAUUACACAACAGAGCUCAAAGAGAAGCUUACUGGCGGGCUUUAAUACCCGAUACAUGUGUGUCCAACAGGGCUGUCUGCUGUAUUUGGAUACUUUACUGUGGCUUUCUCCAAGCCUGCAGGUGUCCAACUGGAAGACAACCUCCAGUCCUUGGCUGAGUUGGUGGGAUUCGUUUCAGAUUGUGUUGGUUAGCGCUCAGUGCUAGUCUGAGCUUGCUCACUGGAUCCAGACUCCCACAUAGAAAGGGCUUAUUACCCCUGAUCGCUUCCCCCCCUCCCUAUCCCAGCCUCCUUCAUUUCUCUCGCCCCUCUUUCUUUCUCUCUCUCUCUCAGCUUUGACAGGACCAGACAAGACGACUUGUAAGGUGUGGGUUUCUGUGGAAACGGGGCCCUCCCAGCCCAAACAGCUGGAGGCAGAUGGGAUAAUGUUCAGGGAGUCUCGGUUUGACAGAGAGUGAAAGGAUGAGAGGAAAGUUUCACUUUGAUUUUUGGGACCGUCGCUCUCGAUUAGUUUUUAAUAUGAAGUGAAACAGACUGAAACGAUUAGUGAGAGCUGCAAAAUCCAAAAUAAUCACACAUUUGGACAAAAAAAGAGUAAUAAGAAAAAAUAGAAUUAUUAACAUGAGGAUAUCGCUUAUAAUUUUACAGUCUCUUUCAGGCUGGGACACAUUGAAUCAGUACAAACUGAAUAGAAAUAAGGAUGUAAACUGGCUUGAAUGCAAAAUGAUACAUUUUAAUAUUUUAAUUCUGAUUCAAAAGAAAUAAAACAAACCAAAGUAGGGCUGGGCGAUAAACCAAAAAUUUACAGAUACCAAAAUUUACGACAAUAACCAACGUCAUUUUGCCCAUAUCGGUAAAUUUGGUGUCAAAAAAAAUAAAUAAAUAAAAGUUAGUUUUGGAUGUGUGUAGGUCGGCUAUGGUCUCAUGUCCCUUUUAAGACGCUGUCCUACAUCAGAGACGUGACUCCACCCCAUCCAGUCUGUAACAAAGAGGUAAAGACAGGUGAGGAGAUGGAGGACGGUUCAAAAGUUAAUGUGGGAGGGGGUGAGCAGCUUGUGGAGUAGUUAUCAUCUAUUUAUCAUUAUUAAGGUGAACUGAUCAAUAUAUCGUAAUGAUAAUUUGAGGUCAUAUCGCCCAGCCCUACAACAAAACAUUCAGCUGACUCUUUAAUGCAAACUGCAGAGUAGGAUAUGCAUCCUUACAACAUCAUUUACCUGAAUGUAAAGAUGGACGGCAUGUCUUCACCUCCUAUGACUCUACAAAAGUGAAUCCAAAGUACAUCUUUGGAGCCAGACUCCGUGCAGUAGGGUCUGUUCUGUUAGCACGAAUCACAAAAUCUGCUAAUUGUGGCAUUAAACCCCAAAUUCAAGUGUCUUGUUAGAGAUUUUUGUGGCGCGCUGGGCAAUUUUGGGGUUACCUUGUAUGGUGGAUAUGAGCUAAUUAUGAGAGUAUUUGUAAAGAUUGCUCAUCCAAAUAAGUAUAAGUGAAGCUGCAUACUUUUUGUUUUGUUUUAACAAUAUAAAUGAUAAUAAAAAGAUAACAGCUACAAUAUACCUUAUCUGAGGCGGCCCUGAACACAUCGUUCAAAGAUGGUGCAAGACUAUCAACGUAAAUACUAACUCUCACGUUUGUUUCUCUUUCAUUGGAGUGUUCAUUUUUGCUUGAAUAGAGAUUCCCAGGAGAGAAAUGACAAUACGGGAGAUAGGUGGGACAUAGGUCUGAAAUGUGGGAGAGUCCCAGGAAAAACGGGAGUGUUGGCGGGUAUGUCCAUGUCCCAUCUGUUUACAUGGAGGAGGCGGACACUACUGCCGGUCAGUAGGGCUUAUCUGCCAAUCUUUAUGGUUGCAUCCAGCUUAGAUUGUGGGUUUCCUGGAAUCUUUAAGUAGAUGUAAACAGCUGAUCUUACUCAUUUUUUUCUCUGUUUUCUGGAAAUCCUCUUCAGCUCGUCUUCCAUUUUCGAGUGAAAUGCGGCCUGUCAGCCUCGUGUCGUCACCCUCUCUCUGAUCCUCACCCACAUUGUGUUUUCCGUUUGGCUCCCAUUCUCUCUAUUCUUCUGCUCUUCCUCUCCUCUGUCCUCAUUCAGUCACACAUCGUGAGUAAUCCUUCGCUGCUGUUUUCGGGGAAGUAAUAUCAUGUUAGUCAGAGAGGCGCAGAUAAACCUCUACGAUACCUAAACGCGGGGUCACCUUAUUACCGCUGCUUGAAUCAUGCACUAUUUCUCUUAUUUUAGUCCAGGUCUUUGAUUCGAGACGGGGCCUGCUGCACUGAUUUAACCUCUCCUUCAGUUGGCUGAAAAUCUCACCUAACUGAGGCUGACAGAGAGCUGCUAAGUAAACACCCGGUUUGGGCUCGAUGCCCGCUUUCUUCAUGUGUGAACGGGGUUGAAGGGUGAAGGUAUUAGGUGCUAUUUUUUGCUAUUAGGUGCUGCUAGAGAUGGAUUAAGAUCUGGAUGUCAUGCAGCGACACUAACACCUUCCCAUCAGCCUGAUUAUAGUCCGUCUUUAGGUCUGCGGGGAUUCACUUCUCCCGCACUGAGGAAGCACUCAGCCACACAGUAUGUAUGGACUGUAGAUUGAUUUAAACCAGCUGUGUGUAUCCUCUUAGAUGACGUCCCUCCUCCUUUCCCUCCGUUUGCUUCGGUGCUUUUGAGGAAUAUUCUUUGAAUGUUUAAGAAAAUCUCCUGGCAGGGAUAAUAGCUGUGUGUGUUUUAUAGUAUACUUUAUGAUUUAUGUUCCUCUCUCCCCAUGUUUCCCUCUUUUUUUUUCCUCUCUCUCUCUCUCUCUCUUUGCUGAUCUUUCCAUAUGUAUUUCCUAACAGCCUGUUUUGUACUUAAGUGACUGCAGACUAUGGAGUCUGUAACUUGUGUUUCUGGGAAAAAAGAGAAAAAAAAAAGUAACAGGAUGUGAGCUCAGCUUUACUUUAAAGUUCCUUGGAAGUUGGAUUUAUGAAGUAAUGCAAGCCCGCAAAUGGAAACAGCGGUCUGCGUAAGGCUGAUGACUCUGGAGUCAUUUCGACAUAAGAGGAACUAGAGAAAAGUGAACCAAUCUUUGAUGGCUGUGAUAAAGCUGAUCAUGGAGAUACUGCUGAGAUUGAUCACUAAUCUGUACAUGCUUUAUUUUUUCACUUAUUGCCUCAUAUUUUACUCUUAAAGGCUGCUUUGUGGACAGAGUAGUGAUUCAUUCAUAUGAAGAUUAAGCCUAAAAAAAGAGAACAUUGAAGAUGACGCUCAAACUCGACUUCUGGGUGGUAAAAGUUGUUUAAAUUUGUGAGGAACUUUUGGUUUGUGCAAAUUUUAGUAGUAGUGAUUCAUUCAUAAGCAGAUUAAAUCUAAAAAAAGAAAAGAAACAUUGGAGAAGAUAAUCAAAGUUGUUUAAAGUUGUAAGAAACUUUUGGUUUGUGCUGAUUUUGGUGCCCCCAAUGGACAAAAAUCGACACUACAUCUAGUUCCUGAUGUAGAAUCUCAUCCUGCUUUUUUUAAGUUUUUUGGGGGCGAUUUUAGUCUUUAUUGACAGGACAGGCUGACAGAGAGAGGAGGGAGGACAUGCAGCACAUGGUCGGGGCCAGACUCGAACCUGCGGCCAUCUGCGCGCCCCCAUCCUGCUUUAAACCGUUAAAUAUUUGAGUCUGUCUGCGGUCUUCAAUGACUUUAAAGCUCCUGUAAGUAGUUUUUGGACAUGUAUGGAUUGGACUGAAAUUCAUAUUUAUGCCUUUCUAUGAUGCACUGAAGCAAACGACACCUUAAGAGAUAAAACUAAGAGAUUUUAUGCUCUAAUUAUUAAUGUCUGAAUCUGAUAGCUAGAUAAGAAAAGACAGUUUCAUCCACAGGGGGCGCUCAAAGAUGGAUAGAGACCUAAAGUUACCCACUGCAGCUUUAACAACAUGAUCAUUCCUCCCUUCUGUGGACUCAUCGUAGCUUCAUAAUCAGCUGAAAACUCCUCACAGGAGCUUUAAUUCUGGGGAAAGUCCAUGUGUCAGCGCCGCUGACUGUGAAAACUAUUCCUGUCUCUGCUGUUUGUAAUUAUAGUCAGACUGUUUAUAGUGAAAGUCAGUGUAAAUCAUCGUUAACGCUCCUUUAUUUGGAUCCGUGAAUAGUUGCAGUUUGUUUCCAACAUAUGAAGGAAUUAUUUCACUGAGGAGAUUAAACACACCUGUUAGCAUGAAUCUGAUUAACGUAAUUCUUAUAAUAAACAGUCAAAUAGUGAUAAUGUAAUCAGCCAAGUAUUACGUGUGAGAAUGAAAGAACUUUUCAGCACAUUUCUGUCAUUUAAACGGCUUUAAAAAGUUUGAUUUAAAAAUGUCACUUAAUGCUCACUGAAUAUACAAAAUAAGGACAGUUUUCAAGAAGUGUCUAGAUGAUUGGAUUGUUGAGAAACUGCACAUGAGAUAAGACCAGCCGGCUCUCUCUUGGAUUUGGUUUUGACGAUCCUGGCGUUGGUUAUAAUUUCUGAUUUCUGCUGUUGCUUUGCUUUGCACAGAUCUGAAGUACUUUUCCAUUCUGUGCCUCAGUGGUUUUUGUUUUUUGGAGAAAAGUGAGUCACCAAAACACCAGCUUUAACUCGGUGCUGGUUAUCAUUUUUUAUAAUUUACUCGUCUGUAUGAAGCAUCUGUGUUUAUCUGAGCGGAUUUAAUGGAACCUCCUCAUGGGACAGACUGAGCUGAUCAUCAGUCUCACUUUAGGAUAAGCUCGGUUUGUCACCUCGUCUAAUUGAUGACUGAUCCUUUGAUUAUUAGAGGAGGCAGAACAAUAGAUGACAUAAACCUCCUGAUUCGGAUCAUUUAUCACUAAUAUUCUCCUGUUUGUGUGGAGCGUCUUACCAGCGAAUUAAGACUGUUACAUGUGGAGCCAAGACACCUGAGCAGGCUGUAACAAGCUGGCAGCUCCUUCUUCCUCUACACACACACACACACACACACACAUAAUCAGCUGUGAACCAAUCACAGAGGAGCGUGUUGGAUCCAGCUGUACUUUUCCAGCCCUGUUGGAAGCUGAUGAGUCUGAGACAGUGACUCAUUUAACGUCACGGCGCAGACGCUCAAGAGAGGUGACUUUAUGAAUAAAAAAGAAACACAUGUAGACUCAGUCCUUUGUUUACUUAUUGGGAAGAAAAAAAGGCGUUGCAUCAUUUUUACUUGGAGUGUUCCAACCGCAGCUAAUGAUGAUGAUGAUGAUGAGGAGGAGGAGGAGGAGGAAGAUUCGACAAAAAUACUCAGGUGAAAAAGCUCACGUGAAAACCGUCACAGUUUCUGACAUAGAAAUCAGAAGUUUGACGGUUACAACAAAGUGAGUGAAAGCAAGUUAAAUAAUAAAUCAGGUGAAGAAAAAUCAUGUACUUUGGAUUUAGUUUGACCCUGAAUCAGCCGAAAAGUCUCAUGAUCCCUGUGUCACAUCCCGCAACACUUUAAUAUCUAAUGUGAAAUAUGUUUGCAAAGCAUGAAGUGACAUUAUCAUCUCCUAAACAUCGUAUUUUAUUAUCAUUUUAGGACCACUUAAGUUUGAAUCUGCCAUAUUGCAUUGUACAUAUUUGGCCUUUUAGCAAUAAAUUUGCAAAAACACAAAUAUUUACAUUCAGCAAACAUGUUUUAGCGUUUGAGGAAGAAUUAAGAGCCACCCUGAUACAUCCCCUCAUAGACUCGUUCCCUUUUUCUCAUAGAUGUCUCCUUGCCUCUUCCUGCCUAGUUUCUCCUAUAUUAGGGUAACCAUAUGUCCUCUUUUACCUGGACAUGUCCUCUUUUUUUGGUAAAAUAUGAUCCGCCUGAAACUCGUAGUGUCUUAUUUUAAAAAAAAGCCGGAUGUUUUAUUUUGUGUCUGUGUCCAACUUCCUUUUCAGCACGGGUUAAUCUGUGCUGAAUUUAUCCGGCAUGCUGCGAAAAAAAAUAGAACUCUUGCGAUCAGCUGUGGAGUCCGCCGAUCUGCAGCAAAACGGAGAGAAGCCGGUGGAAAUUGACACGUUAACUUGAACGGAAACAAUCAGCUGUGAUCGCGGAUAUGGCCUUUUUGCAGCCAUUGGGAUUAGAGCCCCCUGCCUUUCCUCAUGUGUGCGUAAAAUACCAAAACCUGAGGUAAAGUGAGGACACCCUUCUACCUUUUAUACACAAACAUGAAAAGCAACGGCAGGGAGAGCAGCAGCAAAGAAAAUCAGACUUAUAAAAAGAACGAGCUGUGUUCAGAGGAAGCAGGAAGGAUGAAGUGGUUUAAACCAAACACUUAUGGCGCCAACUGGGUGGUAAGAAGGUCAUCAGCUGAGCGGUCUGGCACCUAGAUCAGGUGAUGCACCGUAGGCGGAGCUACACUCAGGUUUUAGGAUAGGAGAGUGUUACAUACUCAGUCCAUUCAUCGUUUCUGUAUGUGCAGCCAACUUCUCUUACUGAGCUGUAAGACUCCCCGCUGAGUCCAGGAUCAAAAACCGACCCUGAAUUAUGAUGUAACUCCGCUGAAAUGUGGAAAAAGAGGACGUCUGUUCCUGCGGGUUCGUGGAAAGAAACUCUGCCAUAACAUAUAACAGAGGCACUCAGCCAUAAUAAACAAACUGGACACUGACAUAUGCGCGUCCAUCUAUACAUCUAUACAUCUAUACAAUGUCCUGUCGGGGAGGUUGGAGCGCGUCGCAUUUAUGACGCCAGUUCAGCCCCCCAGGAGCAUCCUCGUCAGGAAGCAGCAUCGCCUCAGAGAUGGGAAUAACAGGAAGAGGGUACCUGACCGACGCUCCUAUGGAAACGGCCUUGUACGGGCCGACCAAUAUAGCCGGGGUUCAAAGACUUAUGGAAGGCCCCCAGCGAGGAGACGGAUUGAGAAAACAACCCCCCGCCACCAGCGCCGUCCAAAUCCCCUCGCAUGCGAAGACUCCCCCUCACGGCGGACCCCUCUAAUUGUUGGUUUGAGCGUUUGGAGAGCGUAAACAACCGCUGCUUAAUGAAACGCUGUGAGAAUAGAACAGCUUAGUUAGAGAGGCGAUAAUAAGGUUUUGAGAAAUCUCCCAUCCGGAGUCUGUUAUUACUGCACUUGCUCUCUAAAUCACCCCGAACCGAAGCCACCAAACCCAGGAACUUCCAGCUGCAGCGUCACGGGUGAAAAACUCCUCUUUAAUCCCCCCUCUCUCUCUCUAUCUCUCUCUCUUCUUCCUCUUUUCUUUUUUUCCCACACCAGCUUGCUCAUCCUUGUCAUCUUCAGGCUCAUAUCACCCCGUUUUUCUCCCCCCUUUAGAACUUGAAAGAAUCCAAAGCUUAAAGAUAUUGAGAGGUUAAUGCCAAGGUCAGGCUUCAAGGGAGGGUCACUCAUGUUCAAGCCCCCCCAUCUCCCCUCCAACAAUGGCACUGCCAAUGGGGGCUAAUCCUGCAGGAUAAUUGCAUUUCUGCUGUCCAGUCUUUUAAAUACAGCCCCCCCCCGGACUAAGACCAACAGUGGGGGGCGGCGGGGAAGACCCGAAUUCAACAGGUCGCCUUGUUUUGAAGACACGGGACAAGAAGAGGAGGGGUUUUUGACAUUAAAAUCACAUGUACCCCUCCCGGUCCGUCCCGGUCCGGCCUGGGGGGGUUUGAAUUGUUUUUGCGAGCCGGCUAAUUGUGGGGGGGGUUUAAACACGGUUCAUCUUGGAUUAACCCGAAUGACAAAAGAGCAGAGAGGAGUGGGCCGAGUGUUAGUGGUCAGAGAAACAGACUGUAACAGGACAUUACGCCAUAAAUCAUACUUAGCUAUUACACCACACACACACACACACACACACACACACACACACAACUCUGUUUCCUCCCACACACACGCUGCACAACUCUGUAUCAAUUCAUGACUCACACAUAUUUCGGAUUCAUCAAGAUUUUGUACUCAGAGGUCAGUUCGUUUCUAUUUUUGGUCCAACUGAAAUUCCCAAACUAGUAAAUAUCAACUUUAAAUGAGUAAGAGGAGGGUCAUCUGGAGGUCGAGUUUAGUUUCCAAGAUGAACAGAGUCAUAGUUUUAUUGUCCCAAGUCGAACAACAACCAACUCCACACAUGCGUUUCACAAGACAGGUGUUUAAAACCUACACGGCAUCCAACCUGCGAGUUAGUACAAUGCGCACAGAUCUCUAAAUAAACUCGAUUCAGCUGAAAAGGUUGUAUUUUUACACCCUGUCAGCUAAUCGUUUAACACCCGUCAGACGCCGCAGCUUCGACGAGCUCUUACACGCUGUAGCAAAAUAGUGUGGCGAAGUACUUAGGCACGCCCACUUUCACUUAAAUGCACCAAAACAAUCAACGAAACGCUUUAGCAUCACUUUUACAAAAUAACUGUUUUAUCUUUUUGUAAACGUCCUUUCUUCAUCAGUCGAGGUUUUGUUUACCAUCCGGCUUCCCAGCAACGUAUUAAUGUCAACCAACUUCCUGAGCAUGUGCAGAAAAUCCAACAGAUGAGUAAACAUGUCAGAGAAAAUCAGAGUCAGACCAUAGACUGUAUAUAGAAUCGACGCCAUCUGCUUCCUCGCUGGGUGAAGCCACCGUGAGAACAGCACCCUCUGGUGACGGGCUGCAGUAUAGGUCAUAAAUCCCGCCUCCUCCAGUAAUCCCUACGGAGCUGAGGACAAACUUUAGAAAUGAAUUACAUGGAAUAGGAAUUUUUCUCUCUCCUGUUUGCGAUGUUGACAUGUAGUUAUUUUACGCCCACCAAACAUCGGACAUCGAAGAGACGUGCAGAUCAAGUCAGUAUUGGGUCGGUCGGUCAAAGACAACAUCUAGAUGUCAGUGCGACGUCAUCUGAAGACCAAAUCUAGACGUUCGCACAACGUGCAAUAUGGAUCCAAGAUUUAGACGUCACUAUUGGACCUCUUUUAGACGUUGAAAUGACGUCCACAUUUGUGUCGUCGAAAAAAUAUGUUAAAUAGAUGUCAUCUUGACGUCUCAUGGCGCAUUGGGAGACUGGUUUGUGCUCAAGUCCUCUUUUUUUUGUGCAGCUUCAUUUAUGCAGUUUGAGCCGAGUGCCAUCACAGCAACUCUCCCGCCGAAUGUACACAACGUUUCUGCGCAAGUGGUGGUUCCAGGAAGUGGGGAAAAUCCCUGAAAUACUGAGAACAAUCUGGCUUUAAAUUUAUAUAAUGAAGGAAGGCAGAGCCAAGUUCUCCAUAUUAUAUACAGUCUAUGACUCUAACUGAGCAGCAUGUAAAUAGACUGAAUGUCUUGCUAGCUAACGUUGCGCUUUGAGUUUGUUAUGCCAAUAUGUGGAAGUGUAAGAGAGACGGCUGCAACCAUCAAGUGUUUCUUUUUUUCAAUCUAAAAAUUUCUAAACCAUGAAGCUCAACAACGUCCUUCAACCAGCAUUUAAGAACAAAACAACUUAAAAAGAAACCCUUUCACAUCCUGAUAAAACCAGAGGAAAAACUCUCAUUUUAGAGAGUUAUUAAAAUCAGUCGUCUUUAGCGGAUUAACCCUUUAAUGAAUACAGCGCUUCAUGGUCAGACUUUCGGUUUAAAAAUGGGAAUCCCCCAGAUACAAAGAGUUAUCUCUACGUGAGGUAGACCUGAUGAUGGCGUGAUAACAUCACCGUCACGCCGCCUCAUCCGCAGAAGAGUCACCCUUACUGUGAAGUGAUUCAUAUUCAUAUUUCUAUUAUCCUCACACGAACGUUUUGAUCUCUAUCUCAAAUCCACAACAAAUACAGACUUUAAAGACUUUCCCUCCUUGUCAGCACUUUAAAGAAACCUUACCGCCCCCUCCUUUUUUAACCUCUGUUCACCUCAGGGUCAAAGUUCAAAUGAAGCUCUAAAUCCUGCCUGAAAGUUUAGCACAGAAACAAAAAAAGGGGGAAAAUACAAAAAGUGACAUUUGGAGUAAAUCAGGAUCAGCUGAACCGGCGCUCGAACCUUCGUCACACGGAAAACUUCUCUUCUCAGGAGAGCAGGGCUCAGUUUCAGUGGGAGUUUACAUGAGUCAGCCGGGAUGUGUGCGAGCAUGCGGGGGUGUGAUUGAGAGGAUGGGCGGGGUUGAUGAUGUGUGUGUGUGUGUGUGUUUGUAUGGGUCUGUGUGAUCCCAGCAGACUGCUGUAGUAAACAGAGUCAGACGCUCAGCUCUGUCACGUUGUUUCGACCCUCGCCGUCUGUCAGAUUAAAUCCGUGCGCCGGUUUUUCACCCUGAGGAUUCAGAUUAUUUCAGGAGCUGGAAACGCACAGACACACACACGAAAAUUCAUCUGAAGGACUCCAGAGCAAGUUCAUUCAAGUCGGGACUUAAACUUUCACCACCUGCUGUAGAUCAGACCUUGGAGAUAUUGAUUUGUACGUUCACUGAUGCUCAAAGAGGCUGCGCUUACCGGGGAGGGGAGUUCUUCUUCUGUGGUAAAUAUAUGAAAACACGACUAGUUCUGUGGUUUCUCUUUACACCCUGUGCAGAAAUAAGUCUGUCACUUCAUUACAAUUGACUUUUAAUGUUUGGACCUAAAUCGUCAUUUUUGGGGGGACUUUUAUAAGUGGAAAUACAAAUGUAGAGCUGUUGGUGAAGACUAAAUAAGAUGUUUUAAGACCUCUUUUUCUGCUCUGGGAAACUAUGAGGUGUUCAAGCAAAAUAAUGGGGAACUGCUGCCAGAGCGUGAUGUAAAAUAAUGACUUAAUUAUGACCAAUGUCAACAUCAAGAGGGAUAUUUUUCUAGUGUGUCAGCUGAGGUUUUUCAUUUUUGGGCCAAAUCAAAGUUUAGCUUUUUAACAUGGACUGUGCACAGAUUUUUGCACCAAUAUGAUCGUCCAAAUGUUCCCAGAAAGCUGCUUUCUCAAUCAUAUAUCUUCAUUUAUAAAUAUGAAGCAAGGGCUGUUAUGUAAACAGUGAAAAGAACCUUAUGAUAACGGUAUUAUUAUAUUAUAUUAUAUAUCGUUGGAUCAGUAGAGAGGAGGAAAUCUUUGCCGAUGAGCUCAACUCACCGUCUUACUUCUCCAUACUUUUCUAAUAAUGAGCAGCAGCUUUGGCUCUGUUGGUCAUGUUGGUCGUCACCCAGUCAGAAGGUCGGGAGUUCAUUCCCGGGUUCCGCCGUCAACAUGCCGAAGUGUCCUUGGGCAAAACUUAACCCCAAGCCUGCCCCCGAUGGCUGCGCUUGGAGGUGUGUGAACGGGAUUAGUUAAAACCAACAGCCUCUGCUGUCAGAGUGUGAAUGCGCCACAAGUCCUGAGUCAGGAACUUCAGAUUUAACGAAAACUGAAUGUUGUUUUUUUUGUUUGUUUUUGUUUCGUUUUUUUAAGAAAUCUCCAAAUCUUCAAAAGUACAAAGUAAGCUUUUUUAGGAUCUGAGGUAGCAUAUGUUGUGGCAAUAGUAGCAGUUAGUGGUGAACUGUUUAUAGUUUUCAUCAGUUGAUGUUGACACUGAUAAUAAGAGCGCAGGCCUACCGUUGUCCGAUAUAUAAAGCCGAUAUAUAAUCCCGAUAUUACACUUUAAAAAAAAAAGGUUUUAAUUAUAGACAAAAAUACUAUUUUGCUCAGUGAAUAUGGCACAAAUUAGUUUUAAAUGUCUGUUCAGCCGUUUUAAACUGUUUGAAACAAAAUAAUUAUAACCUUAGGUAAAUCUUCAAAAACAUUUUGUGUAUAAAUCUGUGAUUUUAUGCACAUUAAAAUGUAAUAUUCAGGAUUAUUUUAGCCAGAAACAUGUUUAAGAUUAUUUUUUAAUAAAUUGCUGAAAAAGACAGAUACAUACUCUAUCGUACUUUCAAUUUUUAGAGCAUUAUUGAUUUUUCUCUCAGAAGCUGCACAUUAUAACUGAAUUUAUUUUAAACACCAGCCUGUUAUUACUGCUGAUUUAAUCUUUUAUCAUCAAAAAAUAGGGAAAAAUGUGUUUUUUCAUGUAAAGAAGAUCAUGUUGAUAUCGACCUUGUGACUGAUCGGACUGAUGCCGAUUUCUUCAUUCCUCUUAUUGUAAAUGUUGAUAUUUUACAGCAGCUGAAAUUCAAAUCAACCCCAGAAUACAGAUCAGUGUUUGCAUAAGCUUAUUUUAUAAAAAAAAAAACAUAUUGAUCGAUAGCGGGGCUGUAUCGGCUGAUAUCAGUCGACUUAUCUGUCAAGUCUAAGCGGCGGCCCUACUAACUGUUAGCGCGUAUAUAAACACUCUACAUCAGGAUGAAGAGCUGAGUUAAAGUCGAUUCAGACGAGUGAUUGUUUAAUUUACAUCAGUCUGAAUUUUAUGGUUUAUAGAAUGAAUGUUUUGUUCAGUUCUGUGGUUAAAAAUUAAUGUUUAAGUUUGAACAUUUUUUCGCUGAAUACCUGUAAAGGCCUCUGACAUCCCCGUCUGCUCAGACCUGCACAUUCAGCCUCUUUUUCCUCGUAUGUCUGCAUAUUUCACAUCUGCUUCUUAUAUCAUCUGACCGGUGUACCCUCUGGCACCCGGCGGCGCUCGCUCUCUCUCUCUCUCUCUUUUCCAUAUUCUUUAGCAAUUAGAAGUGGUUUCCAAAUAAUCAACUUCCAUGUCGUAUUCAGAGCGUUCGGUUCCAGUUUCACUCGGAGUACCCAGCUCCUCUCUCUCUUUCUCUCUCUCUCUUUUUUUUCCUCUCACUUCCUCCUUUUUUGGUCUUGUGUUCACCGCCCUCCUGUCUAUCUCUCCCUCUCUUCCCCUGCCCUGGAGCUAUGGAUAGAGAGGCUGGUUGCGUCACAGUCCAGCCAACAUUGCCUGAGACAGCAGUCAGUACACUUGACUUUGUUAGAGCAGAGCGAGCCCAGCUGCCGGUGAGUGGUGCUUUCUUUUAUUCUGUGCUGGUAUUGAUCAUCUUCGGGUCGGGCUGUGUUUAGUUCUAAGAGGAUUUGGCGGCGUUUCUGUCCUCAAGAGUCCUCCUUAGUGUUGUUUUUCUCUGCAGUGACGACACUGUGACAGUGGCAUGUGUCAUUUAAGUGUCAUGUAAACAUUUGUGCUGCAGGGGCCGGGGUCAGUUUGACUAAAGCUCCUCUCAAAACAAAUAAAGAAAAUUGAGAUCUGCUUUGUUUUGCUGGAAAAUUCCUCCAGAUUCAGUUUAUAAAGAAAUUAAGGAAGUAUUUCCUUCUGCUGGUGAGUUGUUUCAGCUUUAAUCUGAGUUUGGAUCCUGCAGAGGAAAGCAGGAAAGCUGUUUGCAUUUGUCUGAAAGGACUUUUGAGAAGAUGAGGAGGUAGAAGUUUUGCUGCAUGUUGAAACAUACCUUUGACUGGAAUGCAGAGUUUACCGCACUUAAAUGAGCUACAGUAUUUCCUGUGAGCGUGUUUGUUACAGUCUGUGUGUUGUGUCAGACGGACCUUUGGACGGUAUCUGAUUCUACCUUUUGAUUAUUUGCAAAGCACCAUGCUGCAUGAGGUUAAAUAGCAAAAUAGAAGCUGUUAAAUGUGGUUGUAAAAGCUGAUUAAGACAACAUGCUGUCUGUAGAGUUUGAGUAAAGAUAUGAAGUAGAUGUCACAGAAAUGCUCCAGUUCUUCUAAACGCUGAAGUGUGUAAUCCUGGAAAAUCCUCUCCUCUUUCUUCAUGUGUCACCACACAGAGAGGAGGGCGACAUGUUGAAAUGCUGCAUUCAGGAACAACAAGCAAAUGAGUCAGACGAACUGAUCUGAAGUCUGAUUAACGUGAAAUGAUACAGAGUCGCUUCCUGGUUCUGAAUUGGGACGCCUCCCUUGCUCACCCCUCCUGUCAGUGGAGAGAUGGACAAGAAGAUCCUGCGAUGCAUUAUUUCAUUGUUAUUUUUCAUUAUUUCAUGUUCCUUGUUUGUCCAUGAAGGGCUGCCGUACUUGCCUUCAGAUUCUAGACUGAGGUGCUCCCUUGCUCACCCUUUCUGAUAUCAAGGUGAUGGUGACCUUUGAGGAGCUCCCUUAAUUCAUGACAAGUAUCAAUCAUCAAGUGUUUAAGUUUGUGUUCUAGGGCUGGGCGAUAUGGCCUCAAAUCAAUAUCACAAUAUAUUGAUCAGUUCACCUCUAUAACCAUAAAUGGACGAUAACUACUCCACCAGCUGCUCACCUCCUCCCACAUCAACUUUGUCUACUUCAGCCGCUCCAACUUUUGAACCGUCCUCCAUCUCCUCACCUGUCUUUCCCUCUUUGUUACAGACUGGAUGGGGUGGAGUCACAUCUCUGAUGUAGGACAGCGUCUUAAAGGAACAUGAGAGCAUAGCCUACCUACACACAUCCAAAACCAACUUUGAUUUAUUUAUUUUUAAACUGAAUAUAUUGACAUGGGCAAAACGACAUUGGUUAUUGCCGUAAAUUUUGGUAUCGGUAAAUUUUCGGUUUAUCGCCCAGCCCUAAGGUGGACCCUCCUCUCUUUGAGGCGAAGAGACGAGCAUCUGUGAUCUCCUAGAAGAAAGUCAAUUCUGAUUGUUAGGGGACAGUUUUCUAUUGAAUUAUUCUGCGUUUGUGGAUGCAUCUACGACUUGUAUUCAGAGGUAGUUGUUUUUUUAAAGAGGAUUUUGAGCCCAUGCGGUGAUCAGUUAUUGUCGUAAAUUUCAGUUUCUGUAAAUUUUCGGUUUAUCGCCCAGCCCUAUUGUGUACAAUAACUGUAGCCCCGCCCCCUUUCUGACAGCAGUCAUAUUUUUUGACCGACUGUUGUCACGGCGCGACGAAGCAGCUGGAGUUGUAAAUGAAGUCGUAAUGAGCAGAAAUAAUCCUGUGGCGUUGUACAUGGUGAAAUGUCAAGUAUCCCUUACGGGGAUCAUUAUGUACACCUGCUGUCAUUGUUUUACAUCCACUAUCACUUAAUGGCCGUGGUGACAUCACCCCUCUGUUAAACGGCCCUCUCGUGUCCCACAUUUGAAGUUUAUUAGGGGAUGACUUUAGCACCGACGCUCCUUUGAUGAAAGCACUUUACACACACACACACACAAACACACAUGCACACACAGACACACACAGUCCUGUGAGGGUGAAGCACAACAAGUGCCUCUGUUUGAGUGAGUCCAUAUGUGUGUUGGGGCUUCAGGUCUGAACCAGAAUGAAGUCGAGUCGGUUAAUAGGGAACAGGCAGGCAGUCUUGUUGCAUAAGGUUUGCAGUAAAAAACAAGAAUCUGGCUUUCCUCCGCCUCCCAGAGGACAGAUGGCAGCAGAAAAAAGUCAGUCAACAGCAGCAGCCUUUCUCCCGUGCCACUCCUCAACAGAUGCAUCUUGUAUUUAUUGAAAAAUAAAUCAGACUGGGACGAGGCCAGCCCCGGCUCUCCUCUUUGAUCUGCUGCAGACUCUUCCAGUCCCACACACUGGACCCGGCUAAUGGACACUCUGGGUAAUGUUUAGGAAAGUCGGCCCUGUGCAGAGUACAGGGGGGGCCCUACAGGGUCGUGUGCUGUGCUCCCGAGAGGGCAAUGAACAUUAGCUCUUUAAAAAAAGUGGCGAAAAAAAAAAAGGAGGAUGGCGUAGAGUUUGACCUGCUUCAGUCUGUGUCAGAGCAGCUUGAUGUACUGCAUACUAGAUUUCAACUCAAUCAUAAUUAAGUUUAGUUAAAAGUUAAAGUUUCUGUCAGUGUUUGUUUGCGUUUGUUCAGAAAAGGAACAAAAAUAAUGAUCAUGAGAAUCAGAAAUAUUUUAGAGUUAAAUUACAUUUAAUCUUUUAUCAAAUCGGCUACUCAACAGAAAAUAUUUGUCAAUAAACUAGAUUAAAGCUGUGUGAAGUAAUUAAUCAUACGAAAAACUAAUAAUUGGAAUUUACAACUAAAAGGCUGUUGAAGGACUUAAGUUAGUAAAAGUAGUGUAUCAUACAAUCUGGUACACAAUACAGUACAGUACAGGGUUUCUGCUGGGUCUUAAGAAGUCUUAAAACGUCUAAAAUCCAAUUAUUUGAAUUUAAGGCCUUAAAUUCUCUGAAGUUUAGUUUAAAAUGUUCCGAUUUCCCUUCAUGUCUUUUGUACUUUUUUGCCAGUAUUGAUGUGAAGUGGAUCUUAAAUUGUAUUUAUUAUGGUCUUAAAAAAGUCUUUUGACAUAUGUUACGUUAGGUUACAUUAGGGUUUGUACGAUACAACGCGAUACGUUAAUUUAUGUCAGGUUACGUUAAGUUUUCUUAGGUUAUGUUAAGUUAUGUUAAGUUACACUAAACUAUGUUAGGUUAUUUUAAGUUUUGUUAUUUUAUGUUAGGGUUUAUACGAUACAACACGUUACAUUAAGUUAUUUUAGGUUAUGCUAGGUUGUUUUAAGUUAUUUAAGGUUACAUUAGGGUUCGUACGAUACAACGCGAUACGUUAAUUUAUGUCAGGUUACGUUAAGUUUUCUCAGGUUAUGUUAAGUUACAUUAAACUAUGUUAGGUUAUUUUAAGUUCUGUUUUAUUAUGUUAGGGUUUAUACGAUACAACACGUUACGUUAAGUUAUGUCAGGUUACGUUAAGUUAUGUUAGGUUAUGUUGUUAGGUAAUGUCCAGGUCUGUACGAUACAACAUGUUACGUUAAGUUAUUUUAGGUUAUUUUAAGUUUUGUUAGGUAAUGUUCGGGUUUGUACGAUACAACACAUUACGUUAAGUUAUUUUAGGUAACGUUAGGGUUCGGUACGAUACGACAUGUUAUGUUAAGUUAUGACAUGUUAUGUUGAGUCAUGGUAGGUUAUGUUCGGUUACACCACAUUAGUUUAGGGAUCCAGUACGGUAAGACUCGAUAUGAUACAGUGUUUAACGUUAUGGUACGUUACCUUCAGAUCAGGUACGGUAAGAUACGACAUGUUAUGUUAUGUUACGUUGGGGUUCAGUAUGUGACAUAACGACAUGAUAUAAAAAAACAGAGAAUAAUUCCCCCACUCCAGCCUCUGAGUUUGGUUCUUUAUUAUUUUAUCUCUCCUUUGUGACAGAAAUCAAAGACCUUUUUAUUGUAAACUAAACAUGGUGAUCAAUAAUGCUUUCUUGAGCUUCUGAUCAACUUACUUUUUGACGUUUCUCUGAUCACAAACUUGUCAGCAUAUCCUGAAAUAAUCUACAGACUUUGGUUCUGUCGCUGCUCUUGUGGUUUUACCAGGAAAAAAACCAAGCAUGGAAAUAUUUGCCUUUAUUUGCAUAAAACAUGGAGAGGAUCGGCUGUGUUUAUGCAGGCCGGGCGCUCUCUGUCCUGCACAGUUUUCAUGCGUGCACAGGGGGCAAAGGUCAAGUGUAUUUGGCUGUAAAAUGAGACGGUGUUUGUGUGCCUUUCAUUUGUAGACUAUGAAGCAGCGAUGAUGAGUCCCGCUGUCUGACUUUUAGGUAAUCUUUGAUUAGUUUGAUGCUGCAGACUGAGUGAGUUACUCUGACCAAGUCUGUCUGACUGACUUCACAGCAGACAGACUAUUUGAACAAGACCGUGCAUGACUCCGCUGCUGCCUCGUCUGCUGCUAACCCAUCAUUAGCAUGAAGGUGUGUUUUUUAGGAAGCACUUGUGGAUUUUCCUCCUUUUCUGCAUGAUUUUUGCGUCUAAAAAAGCUUCUGAUGGAAUAAACCGGGCGUCAGUUUGGAUCUGAAACUCCCGUUAGUCGCCUCCUGCUUCUCCUUGUGACGGAUGAGGAGCGACGUGAAUGCUAACUUAACUCAGUGCAAGAGGAGACUGUUGCCAAAUGAUGACUUUCAUGUCACAACAGGAUCCUUUCUGUGGGAGUGGAGUGAUGGUUAGUGUUGCAGUCGGCCUGAGAAUGAAACACAGGGUAGCUAGAUGUCAGCCGCAGUCUCAACACAGACUGGAGCGCAGCGAGCUCUUUUCUCUUUAGACAAAAGUUUGGCUCCGACAAUCGGGUUCGAGCCGCAUGUAACCAAACAGCAUUCUCCAUUGUUUCCCGUGCGAGGCAUUAGUUGUUCUUUGUGUUGAUUCAGGUUGGCUUUGAUUCAUGUUUUCUAUAGUUUUGUGUGUUUGUGAUGAACAAUAACAGGGAGUUGCGUUUGCUCUGUGGGUGUGGGCACCAUGGUAACAAACAGCUGUGUGUGUUUGUGUGUGAGAGGGCAGCACAUGUGUGGGAACUCCAGUUUUCACAAUAUGUCAAUAAAAGGUUCGAGUUUUCAUUUCUCUGCUGCUCAGUUUUGUUGCAGAUUAACCCUUUAUUUCCCAACACACUCAUACGUUUAGGUGACGGUUACAUAUUCACACAUUUUUUCUCUCUUAGUGUUUUUCUUUCCAUGUCAUCUACAUAGAUUUCAGACAGGGCAGACAAAAACAAAUAGAAAGACCUUGAACAAUCGCAUGUAAGAGAGGAAAAAAGAAACUCGAUUCAGCGUCUGUGUAAAACUCCAAAAGAUCAUUUGGAAAAACUUCCAAACAAGUAUGAAUCUUACUUUUGGGAGCUUUAGUGGAGAAAGGGCAGAGAGGGGCAGAAAAACACGGCUCUGUAAAACCGGUGACCCGGACUGAACUGUGUGUUUUUGUAGUUCAGCGAAACAAACAGAGUCGUGCAGCUUCCCUACGGAAAUGAUCUGUCUCUCUGCGUCACAUCAGCAUCAGGCGAAUCUUAAUAAAUGAAUAUUUAAGCAUAUGGAGGCAAGAGUUUUGUAUGGAGUCCUCCAGGAGCUGAGGACAGUCAGUGAGAUUCAGCUCACUGUAGAUUUUGAUGGUAUCCAAAUCAAAGACACGAAGGUAUGAGCAUGAUAUGAAAAAGGCAAAAUAAGGAUUCACCUCUCCGUGAGAGACUGUGUGAGCAAAUAGUUCGACAUUUUCAUCAGGGGUGGGAAUCACUAGUGGACCCACGAUACAAUUUUAUUGCGAUUUUUCAUAACAGUAAGUAUUACGAUACAAUAUAUCGCGAAUUAUAUAAUUUUUUUCAACUGUUUAGCUCAUUUAGCAUUUGUCUUUCCUUUAUGUUUGUCUUAUUUAUGCUUUAUUUUAUUUCCAUAAAGCACAUCUUGCAAACCUUAUUUAUAUAUAUUUGUUGGACAAACUUUCUCCUGCUCUAUAAUGUCUCCUCUGCCGACCUCUCUGGACAAAUAGUAGAUUUUAUUUUUCCAUUAUCAAAGAUUUGACUUCAGUUAGUUUGAAAAAUUGAUUCUUAGUAAUUGAGAUGAUACGAUAUAUCACCAGACAAAAUAUCGUGAUACUAUGCUGUAAAGAUUUUUUCUCCCGCUCUUAAUUUUCGUUACAAAAAACUCAGAGAAACUGGAGAAACUUCCAUGUUAAAGCAGUACGGUAGAAAAGCAACUCUCAAAGGAUGUGACCCUCAGACAUCACUGCUUUAAAAACAGACAUGACUCUGUAGUGGAGAUCACUACAUGAGCUCAAAAUCCCCUUUGGAAACUACUACCUUUGAAUACAAGUCAUAGAUGCAUCCACAAACACAGCAUGAUUCAAUAGAAAACUGUCCUGUGGUUUAACAAUCAGAAUUGACUUUCUUCUUGGAGAUCACAGAUGCACCUUAGGGCUGGGCGAUAAAUCGAAAAUUUACAGAUACAAAAAUUUAGGAUGAUAACUGACGUCAUUUUGCUCAUAUCGGUAUAUUCUAUGACAAAAGAAUAACUAAUCAAAGUUGGUUUUGGAUGUGUGUAGGUAGGCUAUGGUCUCAUGUCCCUUUAAGACGCUGUCCUACGUCAGAGACGUGACUCCACCCCAUCCAGUCUGUAACAAAGAGUGAAAGACAGGUGAGGAGGUGGAGGACGGUUCAAAAGUUGUAGCGGCUGAAGUAGACAAAGUUAAUAUGGGAGGGGGUGAGCAGUUUGUGGAGGUCAAUAUAUUGUGAUAUUGAUUUGAGGCCAUACCGCCCAGCCCUAGUCCCCUUGGUUUGUUGUAAAAAGCCAGAAACCCUCAUUGCCUAAGGAUCCAUAAGUGCUCGUUCCAUGGUUAGCCUACACAUCUGGGAAGGAACCUUGAAUGCUCCACAGGUUCGGAUAUUUGCUGCUUUAUUCCUACAAAUUACAACAGUAUGACUCCUUAGUAGAAGAGUCCAGGUGCCAAACUGGCCCACCUGACAAACAGACCCAUGAAAACUCCAACAAAAGAGAGUCUGAACUUUUGAACAGAUCGGAUCCUCUACGGGACAAACCUGAUCUCCUCAGUUCCCAAACGUGAUCACAGAUCUGUUAAAGACGAUUCACUUGUUUGUUCCUCUUCCACCUUACAGCUCACAUAAACUCUCCUCUCCUCUCCUGACCUGAUGCAAACACACUUCCAUGCACACUCGGUGAUGCACGCUUGUUGCAUAAGUACUAGGUGUGCUCUGGCAGGACAUGCUGUAACCCGGGGGAGGACUGAGGGAGGGGGUAAUAAACAGACAGAAAGGUCGGUGCCAGAAGAGUUUUUUUGCUUUUUCCAAACCAUGAAUGUUAUCAGUAUCUUCUCGUCGGAGCAAAGAUCAUCACUGAGGGGAUUGUCUCUCUGCUCUUUAUGAUGGAUGGGUCCUUGUAUCACAUAAAGUCAGAUCUGUAAUCUGGGAUUUUGAAUUUAUCGUCAGCUUUUCCCUCAGUGCGUCAUAUAAUUCCCUAUACCGACAAAGACUGAUUACCCACCAAUUUUCCAGGCUGCAAGGAUGUGGCAACCCGUCGAAACUGAUUUAAAACUGUCCUCGGGAGCCAGGAUUGUGAUGGUGGUGAGGACACUUCUGCCAAACUCGACUGCGAGCCCGUUACUGCGAAGCCACAAGCUCUCUCCUUAAUUAUAAAUCAUGUUGAAGACAUCGGACUCUAACGUCAUUAUGAGCGCUCCGAGCUUUAAUGUCUUUAGCAUCAGCCGUGCUCUGCAAAGCCGUCUGUUAGAACCAAAGAAGAUCAAGCUCUUAACUUGUGUCGGUGGGGCCCGCAGGAAGUGUCGCAAAGUGUGUUUGUUGGAGCGUCUUCGCGUGUAGCGUGCCAGUGUUUGGAGGAUUAGGCGUUAAGGUAAUAAUCCUGAUUCACCUCAGAAGACUCCAGUCAUCUCCUUCCAAACAAGACCGGCUUUAUUACAGCUGUGAGACGCGGGCGACUGCUCAUCGAUGACACAGCGGGCAUGCCCGUGUUCGCAUGUGAGCGUAGGAGUGUUGGCGUGAUCGCAGGAAGUGUGGAAACAAGGGUGCAUAAGCAGGUGCCACGUGGCGAUGGGGACGAGGGCCGCCGUUGGUGUUUGCAGGAGUGUGUUCUCAGCUGUCAGGGAGGCUGUGUGUGUGUGUGUGUCACUCAUGCUAUACCCCCCAAACCUCCUCACUAAUCCGGGCAGAUCUGAGAGCAGGCAUGCGGAGGGGGAACACACGCGACACACGCUCACAUGACACAUGUUGUCUUGCACACAUUCAUGCGCUCAGAGAGUCAGAGAGGCACGCACGGCCUCCUGUCAGCUGUCCUCCUCUGUAUUGUGUUGAGAAAACCGAUCCAGAUCGAGGAUAAACCCGGUCAGGUCAUCCUUUUAUCCGAGUAUCAAUCAUCCCCUCAUUGAUAGGAAUGUUGAGCAUUGCAAAAAUCCCUGUUGCACAGAUCCCGGGCUUAAACCGGUUCUUCUCGCUGUAUUUCUCCAGGUAUUUGUCAAGAAUGUAAGAUUAAAAGCUUUCAUCGAAUUUUCCUUUUGAUGCUUUUUACCCCGUCUUCUCUUUUAUCCCAUGGUGCGCCCGUUUGUCUUGGCUAAAGCAUCAGAUAUUUUUACUUUUAGCAGGAAUGUGAUGUGAUGUGAGCACCCCACCUUAUCUGAGCUAUUGUCUAAAUAUGGCAUCUGGUUUUUCCUGGGUUUCUCUGACCGCGCCGUCUGUCUGCACACCUCCUGGAGAACAUAGCACCUCUGUGCGAGGAGACAUUUGACUUGGCACCAAGAUUUCUGUGACCUGUUUGCUUCUGCAGAGAGACCGUCAGUCUGUGAAGUGUGGUCGUCAAACUCUUCUCCUACGUCACUGAUGGUUGAGAAAUAACUGAGAUUCAUGGUUUUCCUAAUAAAACACACUCUGUACAAGACUGAAAAGGAUGACGGCGUGUUUGAAAAAUGCAAAGAAAACUCAAACUCAGUUUACCAUCAGCUGAUAUCUCAAGUUGGAAUUUUCGGGGACGUUUCCUCAUUCAAGAGGAGAAAAUCUCCACUGUUUCACACUUUUGGAUGAAACUUUGACAGGCUGCACAAGUAUGUUGAGUCCUGCCAAAGUACAUUUUUGCAUUUUCUUCAUUUUUACCUCUUUUUUCUUGAUGAACUCUAAAAUAUCCAGUGUUUCUCAUCCCAAGUCGAUUUAUACCACUCAAGUAGAUUUUUCGACCAUUUUUGCAUUUUCUACUUUGUUUACUAGUUUGGUUUGCCCUCUACGACCAACAACCAACGUGUUUCUGACUCUUGUAUGAUUCGACAGGCUGCCAAAGUAUAUUUGCCUACGUUUUGCAUUUUCGUCAUUGUUCCUACUUUUUCUCCCUAUGUGUUUGAUAAGGUGUGAAAGAACCUGUGUUUCUCAUAAACCUCAUCCUGCCUAAAUAUAUUUUCUGGCCAUUUUUACAUUUUCUACCUUUUUUAACCAGUUAGUCUCGCCAUCUACAAUCAGUGAAGUGGGAAAUGUCCAGUUUUUUGACUCUUGUAAGAUACUUAGUGGGCUGCCCAAGUAUGUUUAAUCCCACCUUAGUAUAUUUGUCUUUAAUUUUUACAUUUUCUUCUUUUUUACCUGCUUUUUCUUGCUAUGAUUAACUAAUAGUGAAAUAUUUAGUAUUUCUCAAAUAUUUCAUGCUUUGGUGGGCUGCUCAAGUAAACUUGAUCCCACUGAAGUAUAUUUGCAGACCGUUUUUGCAUUUUUUAACUUUUUUCAAUUAGUUUGGCUCGCCAUCUACAAUCAAUAAAGUAGGAAAUGUCCAAUUUUUCUGACUUUUGUAAGAUCCUCUGUGGGCUGCCCAAGUUAAUUUAUAUAUAAUUUUUCCAUUUUCUACCUUUUUUUGUUUUCUAAUCAGUUUAUCUUGCCAUCUAUGACUAAUAAAGUCGGAAAUGUCCAUUUUUUUUGACUCUUGUAUGAAACUUUGACGGGCUGCCCAAGUAUUGUUAAUCCCACCAAAGUAUAUUUGCAUAUAUUUUGUAUUUUCUUCAUUUUCAUCAGCUUUUUCCUGCUGUCUAUGAGUGAUCAAGAGUGAAAUUUCCAGUAUUUCUCACACAUAUAUGAAACUUUGGUGGACUUACCAAGUUUUUGUCUGGUAACACUCGCUAUCUACAAUCGAUGAAGCUUAUGUAUCACAUAUGAGCAGAGUCUGCAUAAAACAGCCUUCACCAACUGUUAGUUAAAAAUUUUUAUGAUUCCAAAGAUUAAUCUGAAAAUCUCUAAAAUGCCCCUAAAUGGAAAACUCCCGAGCUGAUUGUUGCCGCUUGUUAUUUUUGACAUUUUUGGAUUUAAAAUGUCACUUUAUUCAAUUUUCUCAUCGGAUUGUGUCUUAGAAGUUUUACUGCAACUUUGUGUGUAACUAUUGACAAGACUUUCGCUCUAACUUAAGUGAGUAUAGUGUUGUUUUUGAAGCAGGCCCGUAUCAGGUUGUGCUCUUAACUUGAGUUAUGUUCACUGUAGGAGAGCAUGUCAUGUCCUCCGCUGUUAACAAGGCCACUCUGACUCCUGCCCCUCGCUCUCGUCUAUUUAAAACCUCCCUCCAGUCCUUGGUCGGGGGGCUCGCCCUGGGUACACUGAUCCCGGCUGUAUGAGCGGAAGGGAGGAGUCGGUGCCGGUGGUGGCAGAGGACAGGGAGGAAAGGCAGAGAGAGGAAAAAGAGGAGAAGAAGAGCCGGAGCUGCUGGUGGAGCUCAGAGCGGGGCUGUUUAAUCUCCGCAGGACCGUCAGAUGGCUUUGACGGAGCGCAGGCACCAAUUAGGCAGCGAGAUUAGGGGGGCUUUGUACUUCUGAAAAGCUUCUGCAUGGACCUUUUUCUCCCUUCCUGUCUUGGGUUUAUAUCUUUACUGGGACUCCUCACCCUUCCUUAACCUUCUCCCUCCCCCCCUCUCCCUCCCUCAUUUCCUCCCUCCUUCUGUCCUCUUCCAGCCUCGCGACCUGCUCUCUCAAAUCUGUGAUUAUACCUGGCUAGACAUUGAGAGGAGUGGAUUAAUAAGGCAGAUUGGAAGUGUGUGGCACUUAGCAGUAGGUUAGGGGGCACGGUGGAUGUUUACUGGGGUCCUGGGGGGGCCUGCUGGCAUGGAAACAGAGCCGAGUUGGAGGAGUGGGGGAGACUCCUGCUGCAGUCUGGAGGACAUGACGGUAGAGUACCAAAGAGGGGAUCGUUUGCAUCAAAACUUGAGUUAAACUCUUAAACAUGCAUGAUGGCGUCUACUUCUUGCAUUUGUGCAGUUGUUGUGUUUGUGCACACUUAUUUACACACACACACAGACACACUGCUGGGGGAACACAAUGACAGGAAGUACAUUAGCAUGACCUCCAUUGUAUCUCCCCAUAUAUCCUCGCUUCCUGAGCCGACAGAGGGCGGGGUGAGGAGCAGCGGAGGAGCACCCUGGUGCCACCCGGCCCCAUGGUGAGGCGAGGUGAGGGAGAGAGCAGUAGGGUGGGUGACAAAGAGCGGGGGGGUCUGAUCUGUCUGGGUUGUAAUCCCGCAGCCUUCUGCCGCCUGUCGCCUCUCUCCAGGCUGCAGCAGAGCUCUGAGCGCUCUGCGGUCUGGAAGUCACCCAGUUCCUGACCUGCAGUCUGUUUCAUUGCCUCAUUUCCUUUAGUAGGAAUUUGGAUUAUGUAACGGGAGGCUGGUCUCAGGUCAGCACACGAGGUGAAAAACUAACUUUAAGUCAAUUAGUCGUCGUCCCACUGAGGGGGACAGAUGGCGGAGAGGUGGGAGUCUCAGACCUCAGGAAUGCUCGUGGCGACUCUGCGGUGGUUUAAUAGAAGCAGCAGGAACAAUAGAGAGGCAGGGAGACGCUUAUUCUGACUUUGGGCUGGUCUUUAAAAAAAAAAACUCAAUAUUUUCACUUUAUUUUCCUGUAUAAAUAGUUUUGUUUACGUUUUUUAUCAUCAUAAAAAAGCAUCAACACUGAUUUCAGGUCAGUUGAGUUAAAGUAAAAUAAAAAGUCGUGUAGACAUUGAUGCGCUCAAACAUUUUUCAUGAUUCAAAAGUCUUAAACACGGUUUUAGUCGAGUCACCAAAGCUCGGGUCUGAGUCGGAUACUGGAUCCUCAGGGCGAGUCGAGUCCAAGUCGAGUCUGAGUCAAGUCCUCAUCACCUGUGGACUGGUCUGAGCAGAGUCCUCUAUGUCAAUACUUUUAUCCAUAACAGAAAGAGUGACUGUUCUAACCGUGAACCAUCGAAGUCAACAACCUCGACUGACUGUUUAAUCCUGGUCUGACUGUUUGAACCCUGACUAACUGUUUCAACUUGAACUGACUGUUUCAACACAAACUUACUUCAAGUUCCUGAACUGACUGAAUAUUCCUGAACUGACUGUUUAAAACUGGUCUAACUCUUUGUUCCUUGACUGACUGGUUGGAGGCCGGACAUAAUCUUAAUACCUGUACUGACUGUUUCAACCUGGACUGACUGUUUCAACCUGGACUUACUUUAGGUUCCUUGACUGACUGUUUUAACCUUGACUGACUGUUUCAACACAGACUUACUUUAAGUUCCUGGACUGACUGGUUGGAGGUUGGACGUACUCUUAUUACCUGGACUGACUGUUUAAACCCAAACUUACUUUAAGCUCCUGAACUGACUGUUUAAACCUGGACAGACUGUCUGAACCUGGACUUACUCUUAGUUCCUUGACUGACUGGUUGGGGGCCGGACAUACUCUUAUUACCUGGACAGACUCUCUGAACCUGGACUUACUUUAAGAACCUGAUUUUACUUUAAGUUCCUUGACUGACUGUUUUAGCUGAAUUUGAAGUGUUGAUCCGUGAACCCCUCAGACUUUUGUACCUGACAGUCUUGUGGUCUAUCUCUCCUCUGACCUCUCUCUCUCUCUCUCUCUCUGUGUGUUUCCUGUUUCCUUUUUCAGGUCUGCCACCAUCCAGACUGCCAAGACCUGAAUAGCAAAAGCCCCCUUCACCUGUGUGAGUCAUGUGACUCACGCUGCCAUUCAGAGAACUCCGACAACAUGCACUUUGACCGGCACCCCCGAUUUGACUUACAACCUCAAGGUACUUUGUUUAUUUGGUCUCUUUCCUGCUCCCACGGUGGUGUCAGAGCCGUGACCUCAUCCCUGGACUCCACUGUGUAAAUAAAUAUCAGGGACUCUGUGUCCAAAGUGUCUAAAUAAGGACAAAAAUGUCACCAAACAGCUUCUUCUCCAGCAUAAUUCAUGUGGAUUUUAUACAAACUUGAGUUCAAGUUAAACUUUACUUUCACAUAUAUGGUCAUGGUGAUAAUGUAUGCACUUUCUCACCAUCUUUUAGCCUCAUUCUCAGACUGACUUCUUCUCAUUUAUUCCUCUAAAAACUUUGUUUAUGUCGACCUAAUUCAUUUAUCAGUAGCUGGUGAUAUUAUAAAACACAAUUAAAUCAUUUAUAAGCUGAAGUGUGGCCGCCUGGAGGAGUUAAUUUCUCUCUUUCAGGCCAAACAAAGGAAUCUGACAGUUUGAGCGUUGACUUCUAACUUUUGCAGGGCACUUUUCGCAGCUAUUUUUCUGUCGCUUUUGGACCUAGUAAGGUAGGAGGCAAGCCUUUGAGUACAGACGUGAUUUGCAUUCUUAAUUUUGCUUGCAAAAUGCAGAAAAAUGCUUCAUAAAUCAAAAAUGUGCAUGUGCAGAGUAAUUUCUGCCUUCGCCCCAAAAUCAGCAGAGGUAAAUUGAAGUCCUCUUAAAAGAAUCUGGUCUCGCUGGAUGAUCCGCAGACCUCACUGUGAACAGUUUUAUUGGAGCCACUUCUGCAUCCGUGAUGAAACAGUGCAGAGCAGGUUUCCCAAGUCUGACACGGUGGGCUACAGGCUACAAUUAGCAUCUGUCUUUUCAGCAAGUCAGCUCUAUUAAAAGUUGACAAGUCAGCUAAUAGUUUCUUUGACAACCCACCUCUUUAAUUCAACAUAGACACAUAUAUAAAGUCUUAUAAAUGCAUCGAUGAGAAGAAUCCCUGAAUUACAGAGAUAAUCACUAUAAAAGAUCCAGUUUUCCUUCAUUUUAAUGAGGCUGAUUCUGAUUUCUUAAAAAUGAAAAUUCUUAGAAAUCAUCCUGAGGAGGAGGAGGAGCACAGAAUCAGUUCCUUAAAGGGAUAUUCCUUCGUAAAAUCAAACACAUCGUAACACCAACUUAGACACCCUGUCGAGAGAUGAAUGUUGCCGACCGCUUGCUUCUCUAGUUUUACCAACUUUAGUAACGACCACACGAUAGCAACACACAGCGGUCUGAGGAGCCAUAAACAAACCUCAACCAAAACGCCACUCUAUAGCCACAAAUAAUGCUCAGAACAGCACCUAACUUCAUCAACAGGACAUAUAGGGUCACAGCCACCAGACAUCUUUUUAACUUUGCCUAAUUUUUAACAAAGAGACUAAACACAACUCACCUACUCUCUUCCAGCAGCCCCUUGUUUGUAGCGAGACCUCAGGCCAGUCCAUUAUGGACUACAGCGGGGUGCCACAGCUCAAGGAAGAACAUUUAUGAUCAUUUCUUCAUGGAAAUACAAUCAGACCGAGACGCUAAGGCAGAAGAACUACUGUGUCUGCAGAGAAAAAUGAUUAAUAUGAUGAUUAUUACUUCGAGGAAAUGAUAAAGAAAUGAUCACAAAUGUUCUUCCUUGAGCUGCGUCACCCCGCUGUAGUCCAUAAUGGACUGGCCUGAGGUCUCGCUACAAACAAACGGCUGCUGGAAGAGAGUAGGUGAGUUGUGUUUAGUCUCUUUGCUAAAGAAAUGAGUCAAAGUUAAAAAGAUGUUUGGUGUCUAGUACUAUGGCUGGGACCCUAUAUGUGCUGUUGUUGAAGUUAGGUGCUGUUCUGAGCAUUAUUUGUGGCUAUAGAGUGGCGUUUUGGUUGAGGUUUGUUUAUGGCUCCUCAGACCGCUGUGUUUUACUAUCCUGUGGUCGUUACUAAAGUUGGUAAAACUAGAGAAGCAAGCGGUCGGCAACAUUCAUCUCCUGAGGGGGUGUCUAACUCAGUGUUACAGUGAGUUUGACCCUAACUCGAUUUUACGUCGGAAUAUCCCUUUAAUUUUGGCCGAUUUUAAUUCUGGAUCUAUAUCUGAGAUUAUUUCCUAACAGAAGGAUUGACUGUCGUGUUUUCUCGACCUUUAGCCUCCAUCCUGGCUCGGAACGUUUCCACGCGCUCCUGUCCCCCGCUCACCAGCCCCCCCUCUGACCUGGAGGAAGAGGAUGAGGGGAGCAACGACCGCGGGUUUGUAACCCCUCUAUAGCUUCAUCAUCUAGUCCUGUUUAUGCCUGUUUAUGUUUAGUUUAUAUUUUUGUUCCUCACUGUAAAAGUUUCAUUGUUUCGCAGGGAGCGUAAAACGGGGGGCAUGAAGUUGGUGAAGAAGAAGCCGAGGAGACGACACACUGAUGUAAGUAAACCAGACAGACGCACAAUAAGUCGCCUCUUGGCACAAGAGCCUCAUUUCCGUUCCUGGAAAGAGGCUGCAGAUUCUGACAUAGAGAAGAAUAGUUUCCACAAAUGUAUACCAUACAAGUACACAAUGACAUAACACAGGAACAGCAGGCAUUAUUCUCUGCAGCUGAGAGUUUAACAUGACGGCAGCGCGGAGAGAAAGAGCCCCCCUGUGGACCCUCCGAGCGCUCACAUACAGCGUGUGAGCAGCUCCACCUGUGUAAACUAACAAUGAGUCUGUUCCCCCUGCAGGACCCCAGUAAGGAGUGCUUCAGCCUCAAGUUCGAUCUCAACGUGGACAUAAACACAGAAAUCGUUCCUGCCAUGAAAAAGAAAACCCUGAGGUAAGAGAGGAGAAAAGAGGAGGAGAAGCAGCUGUGCAGGAGAGGAGUGAAUCUGAAGAUCCUGAUUUUGUUUUGUUUCUGGAUUCUCUCAGAGAGGUUCUGGGUCCGGUGUUUGAGAGGAACGGCAUCGAGCUGUCCCGGGUCGACUUGUUCCUGGACCAGUCCAACACGCCGCUGUCUCUCAACUUCGAGGCCUACCGCUUCGGAGGACACUACCUCAAAGUCAAAGGUAAAAAACAUCGAGAGGCUCGUAAACAAUCUGAGCCCCGCCUGCCAAUUAGAACCCAUCCCCGGUCUGAGUCAGCGGAGGACACAUCCAGAGGAGAUAAACCGCAUAUGUGCAGAGCUGCAGGAUUGGCGUAUGCAAAUAAACAGCUUAAAGUAAAUCAGUGCAGUUUUUUUAAGGUGUUUCUUCUCUGUCUGCAGCUGGACUCACUGACACAUAAAAGCUAAAAACAGAUAUUUAAAUGAAGCUUAAAGCUCCUCUGAGGAGUUUUUGACAUUUAUGAAAUAGUCUGAAAUUCUUAAAGAUGUAUUUUUAUGGCAAAUAAAAGCAACCAGGUAUCCGAUCGACCAUUUCCGUACUGUAAUACUAUAGAUUUGAAAACUGAAGCUUUCUUUGCAGCACGCUUCCUUAUGAAACUUGAGAUUCACAAGGUUCAAACUCUUCAUUUGUGAGGUUAAAGUUAAAAAUUUAUCAGAUUGAACUUGUGAUUUUAAGAGAUUAAAGUUAUAAAUUUAGAUUGGAGUCUAAAAUUUCUGAAAAACAGAAAAAAAAGUGAAAAAAUCACAAGAUUAAAGUCGUACAUUUACAAGAAAAACAACAUUAUUCGACUCGAAGUUAAAAUUUUCAGAGAAUUAAGUCCUUUAAUAAGUUAAGAAUGUUUUAAUAAGUACAGAGAGAUACUUUAAAGCUGCAGCAGAGAGUCAUACUCAGAAGUUCAGGGUUGGCGGUCAUUGCCUGUUAGGCCACGCCUCUUCAUGACUCAUUUUGACGUAUUUUCCUACUUUUGCAUCUUUAUUUUUGUUUAAACUAUAAUUUCAACCUCCUGUAUUAAAACCUUCAUCUUAAAAUCUCAGUUUUAAUUGUGUCUUUAUACUUUUAUUUACAACGUUAGGAAGCGAAAUCAAGCAGCUUGUAGUUUUCCUAAGUUUCGUUCUCAGUCUCAGAAACGUCUCGAUCAGUGAUUUCAAGUAAAGACCCACCUGUCCUGUGACUUUGCAGCGGUGGUGAGUCUCAGACGUCACUCUGUUCUUAUCUGCGUUUCUAACAAUGACUGAGCAGGACGGACGGCGGCUUUAGCUUCCUCCCACGCCUCUCUCUCUCUCUCUCUCUCUCUCUCUCUCUCUCUCUCUCUCUCUCUCUCUCUCUCUCUCUCUCUCUCUCUCUCUCUCUCUCUCUCUCUCUCUCUCUCUCUCUCUCUCUCUCUCUCUCUCUCUCUCUCUCUCUCUCUCUCUCUCUCUAGGAGGAAAAAGGAGGGGAGUGUUCGCUUUCAAACUUAUCAGAACUAGAAGUGAUGCUAUUAAGCUCCUCAUGACUCUUAAUAAUACUCUGACUCUUCCUGCCCUCUCUCCCAUAAUGCCUCAGUGGAAACUGGACCGGUGCCUCCCCUCUCUCCCCCCUCUCUCUCCCCUCUCUCUCUCUUUCUUGGCGAUCUCUGCGGUUAUGUUUCGGGAUGAAAGGCUCAUUCAGGCCGUCCAUAAAAGAGAUCCUGUGCCAUGACUAAUUCUAUUCUUUUGAAAGUGUCGCCCUCCGCACUCGCACCUCCUGACCGCAGUCUGGAGUUACACACAGUCUGGGCGAGGAGGGCGAGGGCGAGCCCGCCGCAGCUGUUUAUUCAUGUGGCCUGAAGGUUAAGAGGCGAAGAAACUGCCCUAGUUUCUGUACUUCGAACCUCUACCUGCGAUAAUUCACAUUUUACACAAGAUCACUCGACUCAAAGUGAAGAUACUUCCUGUGUGGAGGCAGAUCCGAUGUUUUAGUCCAGGUUUUGCAGAAAACUACUCGACUGGAGCUGCUUCAGCCAAAAGCUAACGAACAUAGAGAGGUUUUCAUCAACAUAAAAAGCCAGAUAUUACACUUAAGAGUUGACAGAAGACAUAGGAGAGUAAAAUUUUGGAUUACACCAUAGAAUACGCCUUUCAAUUGCUUGUACUGCUUGAUUAGUAGAUAUUUGACUUUUUUUGUGAUGAAAGUUGCCAGAAAAUUGAAAAUAUGUCGAUCUAGAGCUUCACAACUUGCUUCAUUUUCCUCUAAAAGCUCUUUAAAAAAAUCCUAAACAGGUCUAUUUACGUCUAAAAUGUUGACCUGAAUUCGUUGGGUGUGUUGUUUUGUUCUCACUGACGCUGAAAAGAGAAAAAUAAUCCUAAAAUGUUAAUUAAGUCAUCAUGUUAAUCCUCUGCAAGAAUCUGGUCUUCCCACAAUCCCUUCCCCAGACUUCUCUAACCCCUCUUUUGUUUUGUUUUGUUUUGUUUUGGUUCUUCCAGCGCGAGCGGGCGACGAGCUGAAGGUGGAGCAGGGUGUGAAGGACAUGCGGUCUCUCAGUCUGCCCAACAUGAAGCCCUCUGCGGGUCAGAGCCCCUACAUCCUCACCCCGGGAACCGAGAAGAUGGAGCACGGAUCUCUGGGGCGUAAAGAAAGCAUCGAUCUGCUGGUGAGUGACUGAGAUCUCAUAUGAUUCUCCGACUCAUCGUUUAAGAAACCGUCUCUCCGCACGGACACGCCCGCUGACUCGCUCUGCUGCGACACACCUUCUUCUUCUUCUUCUUCUUUUUCCAUCACCUCACCUCCUCUUCCUUCAGUCCCAUGAUUCCUUGUGCAAGUGAAGUGAAGUAUCUCCUGAUAAUCCCUCCAUGAUCUCAUUGUUUUGCAUCACCUUUGUCCGUCCAGCUCAACCCUGGGAAUGUAUUUUUGGAUUUCCAUUCAGCUGUGUGUGUGUGUGUGUGUAGUGAGUGUGCACGCUCGUGUACGUGCGCGUCAAACUACCCGGUGUUGCCGCUGACUGAUCCCUUGAAUCUCAUUUAAUGAUGAGUUCACUCAGGAACACUUUGUGCCACUUCAGCACUUCCUGCAGCCACAGGAAGUGGUUUUAUGUUCCUGUUGAAAGGUGCCGGGAGGUCGAGCGAGGUCCGCACGAUCCUGAUCCACUUGGCUGCCAAACGCGGGCGUGGAAAUAGGGCAGACGGUCAUCAGGUUCAUGUUGUGGCACGUGAGGAGGACCCUGUUCAAAAACCACUCCACGGGUUUGGAGUUCUGGCUUUGAAAAAAACACUGACAUUUCUGCACCAGAGGUCUACUAUUUUAUUAUUUUAUUGAUUUAAACUUCAAAAACAGGAAAGGAAAGGAAAUAUUAAAGCAGUGGCGUUGAUUUUGUCGAAACCUGCGAAUAGAAACCAGCAAAUUUAGCUGCAAAAGUCCACUAAUUUUCCAAAAACUAGCCUUUAAUUUAGGAGGAUGUUACAAGACGGUUUUAUCUUCUGUUGCGACAUAAAUUAGCUCACACGAAAUGACGGCAGUGUUAUUAAAUAAAGAUAUGUUUGCCCUGUUUUUAUCCUCAUCGUUCAAAAAUGCGCUCAGUUAUCAUAAACAGCGUCUCCGUCUCUGAACAAAAGCCGUUUCCUGCUCCGGUAUCAGCUGACAUUCUUGUUUGGCACAUCAAUAAUCGUGUAAUUAUCACUCCUGUGUGUGUUAGUGUCAAAUGUGUAUCAGUUGUGCAACCAUAUAUCAUCAUGACGCUGUUAUUACGUGACCUUUUGUGACACCACCGCGUGCGUUUGUAGGUUAGGAGGAGCGAGCGUGGGCGUGAGUAUCGACAUUUAUGAUGAUAUGAAAACUCCUCUUAGUCCUGGUUUAAGUUUUUCUCUGCAACUGGUGUGAAUGUUGUAGUUUAAAGAGUUAAUAAAAAUACAAAAAUCAGGAAAUACUUUGUUAAAUCAUGAGUAUUUGAUCCUAUAAAGUAUUCAAGAAGUAAAAAUGAAGAAAUGUUGAAUUUUAAUGGAAAACAUGCAGAAAUAUGUUUUCCUAUCUAGUUGUUUUACAUUUUUUAAAGCAUCUCUGGAUGAUUCUUGAUCAUUCUGGCAAAACUACUCCCUAAAACUUAAGCGUUUGUCCGUCUUUUUUACAGAAUAACAUCUCAAACUUCAGUCCCAGUCUUUUUAAUCUCUCUUUAGUUUCUUCAGAUCUUUAAAUCUGGACCUCCAGUUGUGAGUUUUAGGUCUCAGAUUUGUCUUUUAUCUCUGUUUUCUGUCACUGAGACGCUCUCGCAGAUGAGUUUGAGUGUGUGCUCGCGCUCACGUGCUCCACACACUAACAUUGAUGUCAUUGCAGCCCGAGGCCGGGAAACAGGUAGAGGCUGCGUUCAAUCGUUUCACCGCCAUCUGUGGUGAUACGUCAUUGAGGUUUAGUCACCGGGCAGAGACGUAAACAGAGGAGGUGACUGAGGACAGCGGGGUUUUACUCACGUAUCAUCUGCUCCAGCGCUGAAGUGUUUCUUUGUCAGACCCCUCCUCUCAAAGUUUUGACGAAUAAUCUCAUGUUGACGCUCUGCAGGUGACGACUUGUCAGUUUAGUUGGCGGUGAGUGUGGAAAGAGUGAUGUCAGUGAUAGGAACGGCCUCAAGGGGGCAGAAAUGGUUCAUGUUGUAACUGUUGGAUGUGUUUCAAACUUGACAGCAGUUGUAUGAAGAUCUUUCACCGUCUCCCUGAAGCCUAAAACAGUCAGUGAAUCGACACUUUAGUCUCUUUGUGUUUAUAUGAAAUCAUAGCUAAUAUGAAACCAGCUUCUCAACCAAGAGCGCAACAUAAUCAAGUGAAUUUGCAUGAAUUAACAAACACUAAAAAGGAUCUUAAAGUGACUCUCUCUUUGACCUUUUGCAGUCCAGUAGAGCUGAUUUCAGAGGGUUCAGUUUGACCCCAUCUUCAGGUUUUCAUCGCUCCGUUUAGGAUUUUAUCAGCUGUCCUCACCUCUCAGUACGGGAGUAAAAAAGUCCUCAAAACUAUUCUCAAAAAGUGCAAUUCUCAAAAAUCGUAUGUUUAUUUUGAAAUCUUAAAGAAGAGAUAGAUAAAAGAUGAAAAUCGAAUAGUUCUAGCGAGGUAUUGGAAUUUUUUUGUCGUAGAACUAUACAACCCUCAGAUGAGGGUAUUUUAAGAAGGUUAAACAUACCAUCAGGUUAGACAAAAAUGUUAAUUCUACUCUCUGAAAAUUACAUCUUUUCUGGUGUGAUAGUAAAAAAUAUACAAAAGUAUUGCUUAGAACUUAUAAAUUUGGUUUUUUAACUGAACAAAAUAACUCUCAUCAAUAUGUUAAUCAGAGUUUCCACCAUGAGUCGAGGGGUUUCAUCACUUUUUUCUGAUCAUUUAUCAAUAAAAUAUUAAGAUACAAGCCUAAAACAGAUCAAAAUCUUAUUCUAAAGGAUACUUCGGCCAAUAGAAAAACAAAGUAAUUCAGAGAUAUGACCUAAGAUUACAAAAAUCCAUCAUUAGCAGCCCCACACAGCCGCUCACCGUUUGGUAAGAGUGACUCAUGAAUUAUGUCAGUCUCACACUUCAGUACGAGUCUCAAAGAGCUGAAGAGCCGAGUGUCAUCAAAGUCUGCUGAUACUCUUGUCUUGAACAGUCUCAGCAGCAGAAAAGCUCCUGAUCCGUUCGGAGUGUUUUAUGAAAGAUUAUUCGGAGGACAAAAGCUCCACUCGGACGUGCGCGCGCAGAGUCUUUGAGUUUCUAUGGCAGCAGCUUUGGCGCUCGCUCUCAAACGCAUGCGUGUUUGCUUUUUAUUGAAUUGAGUUUUUUCUUUUUUAGAUAUUUGCCCAGUGAGCAAUGCUUUGCUUGGCACUGCAGCAGCAGCAGCAGCAGCAGCAGCGAGUGCCCGGCUGCAGAAACACAGGCGCUUUCUCUGCAGAGUAUUUCAGCUUUAUGAUGGCAUGCAUGUUAGAUUUUAUGGACUCUGGCAGCGCUCUGGAUAUGCUGCAGAGAGCUUUGAUGAUCCAGAUUGAUUAUGUUACAACAGGGAGCCUCGGUCGCAGCUCUCUGAUUGGUCGGAGUCACAUUCCAACCUCGCUGAUAGUUCCCAUAAAGCACCGCCAUACGUCUGUACAUCAUAGUUACUGCACCAUCUGCAAAUAAUGGGUCCUUUCACACUCUUACAGCAUCAGAUAUGUAAACGCUGAUACAGGAAAGGUUGCACUUGUAACCCGGGUGGCUUAGAUUGGACUCUGGAAGUGUGUAAAUUCAAUUAGUCAGAAGAAAAUAAUCUGUAAAAGUGUAUUUAAUCCCUGAGAGUUGGUCUCCUCCAUCUGUGCGAGCCUGUGACUCACUUUACCUGUUUGUUGCGAAGCCUUCAUGGAUCCCCGGGGUCUCUGCUCAGGAUGUUUUUGCUCCAUAUGCAGCAAACAUGACGUCACGUCUGAGCAAAAACAAACCUUUAUAUAACAGGGACAAACAGAAUUAGUCUGGCAUUGCUUCUGCAUUAAUAAUGCAACAGAAAGAGUUUGGACAAUCACUCAGGUUUCCUUCUUCCAGAGAGGAGAAACUGUGAGUUUUACAGUCGUCAUAAAGAUAAGCUGACGGUCUGGCCCUUUGUGAUUUCCAGUAAGAGUGCACAGUGUGUUGAUUCCCGCUUUUUGACUGUAAGAUCUUUUAUGUAACACGGCUAUUUGUUGCCAUAGCAGCGGGAAUACAAAACCAAAGUGGCGAGCAAACUCAGCACUCGCUCUCUAAAUCAGCUGGAAAAGAUAACUAUUUAAACUUUCAGCUUAGAGACAUUAGUGUUAAUUUAUCCAGGGACAGCUCAGAACAAAUAUGUGUGUAAAAUACCACAUCAGAGUUCGUGGUGUGAUGACUUUGGCUUUUUCAUGAGGUCAACGACCUCUAAAUGGAUCCUCCAUGUGCGUCAGAGCUCCUCAGAGAAGCGCAGACUCAGCGUUUAAGACUGAGAAACUGAAGGUGCAGCUAAACUUUUUUAUCAGAUUACUAAUUUUUUUUUUUUACCUAUGUAAUUUAUAAUUUCUCAUCAAAAGACAACUUUUAAAGCUCCUGUAAGGAACUUUUGGACAAUAGCGCUGUCUAGUACUUAAAGGGAUAUUCCUGCAUAAAAUUGAUUAAGGGUCAAACACACCGUAACACCAAGUUAGACAUCCCAUCGAGGGAUGAACGUUGCCGUCCACUUGCUUCUCUAGUUUUACCAACUUUUACCAACUCUCUUCCAGCAGCUGCUUGUUUGUAGCGAGACCUCAGGCCAGUCCAUUAUGGACUCCUGCGGGGUGACGCAGCUCAAGGAAGAACAUUUAUGAUUAUUUCUUCAUGGAAAUGCAAUCAGACCAAGACGCUAAGGCAGAAGAUAAAGAAAUGAUCAUAAAUGUUCUUCCUUGAGCUGCGUCACCCCGCUGUAGUCUGUAAUGGACUGGCCUGAGGUCUCACUACAAACAAGCGGCUGCUGGAAGAGAGUAGGUGAGUUGUGUUAUAAAGAUGUUUGGUGUCUAGUACUAUGUCUGUGACCCUAUAUGUCCUGUUGAUGAAGUUAGGUGCUGUUCUGAGCAUUAUUUGUGUCUAUAGAGUGGAGUUUUGGUUGAGGUUUGUUUAUGGCUCCUCAGACCGAUGCGUAUUGCUAUCGUGCGGUCGUUACUAAAGUUGGUAUAACUAGAGAAGCAAGCGGUCGGCAACAUUCAUCCCUCGAUGGGGUGUCUAACUCGGUGUUACUGUGUAUUUGACCCUAAAUUAACAUUAUGCCUGAAUAUCCCUUUAAUUUUAGUACCCAUGUUGCUAAAAUAUAAAUAAAAAGCGUUUUUAGAGGUUUGUUGUCUGACAUUUAUCUGCUUUGGACAGAUAUUAGAGAAAUACUAGAACACAGCUCUGUGUGUAUAAAGAGAAAAAAGCUGCAGAUGCUUCGUGUUUGUGGGGGGCAGAGGUGAAAACACCGAAAGAGCAGGUAGUAAUUUUAACAUUAAGAGAUGAGAUAACUCAGGCUUGGAUAAUGGGUUGGUUCCCUGCAGAUAAAGCAUCAUUCUUCGGGAAAACACUGAAAUAUUUAGACAAUAAACUGAUUUUAAAAAAUAGCCCAUUACUCUGAGUUGAGCCCAAUUAUUUCACAUUUUCUCCCUCCAUUGUCUGGAAUGUGAACAUUUUCUACUUUCCUCUGUUUUAUUAGAUUGUAAACCUGAAUUCCCGGGGUCUUGGACCGCAGUAAAACAGCGGUUUUUCUGGCACAUCUCGACCUCCUUUCACAGCGCGCACAGAGAGACAAUAGGGGUCAAAGCUCUGUUUCCAGCUUCUGCUUGGAAAAUAAAGGAGGAUUUGAAGGUAUGCCCUCCAGGUUUGGAAAAUCUGGACUGUGUUUUUCCGCUUUGUCUGACCUUUUGCACACCAAACAAACAACCAUCAGACGAAGCUGCGAUGAAAAUAAAUACAAGCUGCACUCAUGAAUGAGACAGGAAAGUGGAUUCUGUACAUCCUUUUUGUAGUAUCUCAUAAAAAAACUGAAAUGAUCGUUCAAUAAAGUCCUCAAGAAGAGCAUAAACGACAAUUAAACCUCACGCCACAUGUCGAAAUCGAAACAGAGACUCCUGGCUUAGCCUCGAGGUCGGAAGCCUUUGUUAUGCAAUCGACAGAGGAGGUAGAUAGUCUUGUUUUGUAAUAGACAAAGAGUCAGACCUGGGGAAAAAACACACCUGAUAAAAGCCCCAAAAAAACCCUGAGGGCUGAAAACAUUUCAGCUGAUCAUGCAGUGGAAAAAGAGUCCCUCUGUUUUUCUGCUUACUGUUUGUAAACUGAAACUUAAACAGGAGGACACGUGCUUUUCUCUCCAGGACGAUUGUAACCAUGUAUGUUUAUACUGUAUUCAUGUAUAACUGGAAACUGGAGACAAUAGCAGGAGAAACCGUGUUUAUUUACUUCCUCUUCUUCUAACUGGGACAGAUUUGACACCCUGUGAAUGUGGAUGGUGAUGUGUCGAGUCGGCCUCCUCUUCAUCUCCCACUUUCAGACCCACUCUGAUAGCAGGGAAACACACAGAGAGGCUCUUUGAAUAACAAUAGUUGAAUCAGCAGCAGCGUCGGCUCAUUAACCUGGAGUCAAACAUGCGGUGAUUUAGACUACAGAGGCUAUAGUUUGUUAAUAGGGUGAGAAGUAGCUGUGAUGUGAGUGUCAAAAACCUACUUUGUACUUCGGCAUAUUGGCCUAUCAAACCGAGCAGCAUUGUGGUUUGCAGACAACAAAGACAGUAGGUCAAGGUUCGAUCUUUGGACCUAUUUCAUUAUCUAUCUAUGUUAAUAACUUGUCUUAUCACUUUUAUGCUGUUUUGAUGUUGUUCGAUCUCGACUGCAGAAACUGAAAUCGGUCUUGAACGCAAAUAAAACCAAAGUCAUGGUGUUUUUGAGCAAAAGUGAGUUACCUGGGAAUAUUACCUGAAUCUUAACUCUGCAGGGUGUUCUCAUUGAGCCUGUAUCUGUGUGUAAAUAUCAGGGUUUUCUUGGUGAUCGCGAGCUUUCUUUCAAAGCACAUAUCGCUAGUUUGGUCUCUAAACUCAGACUGAAAUAGCUUGUAUCUGCAACCUUUCUUCCACUGUUGGAUUACGGUGAUGUUUUAUAUAUGACUGCUUCAACCAAAAGCCUGCAGUCCUUAAUUAUUGUCUAUCACUGUGCGCUGAGAUUUAUUAGUGGUUGUAGUCACCUAACACAUCAUUGCAAACUUUAUACCAAAUCUGUCUGGCCUUUCUUUGAGUCCUUGCAAGUACAAUCACUGGAUGACUCUAAUUUAUAAGGAUCUUUUUGGCUUAGCGCCUUCUUAUUUAUGUGAUCUCCUUUAAAGGACUGAAAUUGAUUGUUCUGUGAAUCACAACUGAACUGGGCAAAAAGCGUUUUUCAAUUUUGCUGCCACUUCAGUUUCGAAUAUUUUCAGGAGUGACCUGAACUUGUCAGAAUUAAUUUCACUGGAAGCAUUUCCUUCAAUCUUACAUGACUUUGAAACAGUGCCAGUGUUUUUAAUUAUGUCUCUGGAGGUCAUUUUCUUCCUCUUUAUUAUUAUUUAUUAUCGUGAUGUGUGCUGCAGACCUCUGCCGUAUAUGAAAUCUCGAUCUCACCGGGUUCUUACCUGGUUAAAUAAAAACUAAAAUAAACACACCCUCAUAUUUAUUUCUCACUCAUCUUUAUGGUUAUGGUGUUUAAAUGUGUGUCUCUGUAUUUGAUGGCACCUCUCUAAUUAACUUAAUGAUAACAGGAGUUUGAAGACUGUUGCUGUUUUUGCCACCUGGUGUAGGAGGAGGAGGAGGAGGAGGAGCAACAUGCUGAGAGGGCAGAGAAGGUGUGUGUGUGAGCAUGUGAGUGUUUCUGAGUACUUCCCUUAAAGGUGCCUAAAGGUGGAGAUAACACACACCUACCUGAUUGUCGUGUGUGUGACCGUUGGCCUGUGGUGCAGAGUACCUGCAGGAUCAGACACACACACGCUCACACACAUGAUGCUCCUCUCUGCUGCUCUGCACAUGUGAAUUCCUGGAAAUGGACUCUCUCUCCUGACUCUUUGGAAAUAACUUUCGCUGACUCAGUUGUUUUAUUUCUUUGUAAGCUGAGAUUUUUUUUUCUUUGUAUCCGUGGAAAAUGGUUCGUUUCACUCGUCUGACAUCCUGGCGCAGCUGGGACCUGCUGGAUGUGGACUCGGAGAUCCCCGAGUCGUCUCCCUAUGAGAUUAAACUGACGGCAAGUGACUUCCAGGUGAGACCUUCACUGACACGUGCAAAAAAAACUCAGACUCAGAUACGAUAAUAACUUCAUUUACAGGAAUUAGACUAUCGAAAGUGGUUUGAUAAAGUAUGCAAAACCUAAACAGAGACAAAGAUGAACGUGAAAAAUGAUCAUAUUUAUUAGAAAUAAAAGAAAAGAAAAGCAGAAAAGAAACAAAGAAAAAAGAAAUAAAAGUUUUGCAUCAAAUUGGGAUUUUUUAUUGAUUUUUUUUAACAAAUACAUGGAAAAUCUGUCGUUCCUGGCUUCCUAAAAGUCAAGAUUAAAGAAAAAAAAAAACAGUUAAUAGACUUAGACUUUCUUUAUUUGUCAUUGCACAGAAUAAAACACAGCAGUGAUUUCUCUCUGCAAUGAAAUGUCGUUGCUUGGCUUCCAUAUUACAGCAUGAUGGUGUUUAAUUUAAUAUACAGAAACAAUAAAAACAAUAAAAACUCAGGGUAAAAUAGCAGCAUGGUGGGUGAUAUUGCACUUUCCAAAUAAAUAAAAGUAUAUAUAAAAAGAUAUAUGUUCUUAUUUACACAUAAUAAAUCGUAAAAACAGGAACACAGUGCAGCAGGGUGGGACUCAGGGGUCAUCUGGAGGGUCAUUUAGCGGUUAACAUGUUGAAACUUGCGCCGCCACUUCAUUUAAUGUAAUCUUCAAAGUGUGAUCAUCCUCCUUUGUUUUGGUUUCACUGAUCUCAUCCUUUUGUCCUGGAUUUUGUCCUGAAGUUGUGUGCGUACUCGUGUGUGUUUGUGUAUUCAGUGACUCUGGCUGGAGGUCCUGCGUUAAGAGUUUUGUUUUGACACCUCUCUGAAUAAAGCCUCGGUUUGUGUCUGCGGCCUUGAAACGUGCGCCAUGUGAUGGAGUUUCUUUUAGUUUCUGUUUCCUGGUUGUGUCGGUGGACAUUUGUGUGUCGGCGUCGGUGUGUGAAGGUCAGUGUCGUGCUGUUUUCCCAUCGUUAAUCAACUCACCUGAUCAAGGGGAGCUGUUAUCAGUGGGCUAACACACAGGCGGUAGCAGAGGGCAGAAACAGAAGAGAGGAGAGGGAGUGGGAGUGGGAGUGGGGGAGCUGUGGUGUGACGUGGGGGUUUCUUUGCUCUUUCUUUGUCACCACUUACUUUUAAUACAAUCCCGUCCCGUUUAAAGAUUUUCUUCUUUCCAGGCCAAGGUUAGCGCCACAAACCGCUCCGAUAAGAUAAGGCUGUGAGGGGACACACAGAGCUUGAUAUCGUUAACCUGACUCCCCCUUCGGACCCUGUGCAUCAGUUCCCAGAGAGAGAGAGAGAGCAGCUUUGUGUGUCUCUUUGCCCUCUGCGCUGACUGACAGGUUUACACAGGAGGCCUGUAAACAUAAUUAGCUAGACGGACAUAUCCAGAGCAGAGAGGUGGAAAAAAGAACUAACACUUCUCGAAAUUACCUGAUUUUUGUAGGGCAGAUUAAUCAUUAAAGGGAGGAUAUUUAGUCUGGUUCAAGUAUUCACCUGACUUAAACUCUCCCAUGUUAAGGCAUGUGACGGAUACAAGUACAACUACUUUUUUAAGACUGUAUGCAACGGACAAACACAGUACUCCAGUGCAAAUACAGUAAAAGAGGAGAUAAAUAAUAGAUAAAUAAAAAUAUAGAGAUAAAAAGAUAAAAUAAGUAGAAAUAUAGAGAAAAGUAUUUACACUAUAUACAACACAAAUAAUAAAAUCGUAUGCAUAAAUAGAGUGAGCAAUUAGCAGGGUUCCGAUGCAAGUAUGGAAACAAUUUGAUGAACUUCAAGGUCUUAAAAAGUAUAGUAAAUAAAAAAUAAAGUAAAAUAUUUAGGUUUCCAGACUUUUACCACAGUAAAAAACAAAUACUGUUUUCUAAAAUAGAAAAGUAGGUAUUUCCAAAAAUGGACAAGUGUGGAAAUUCCAACUGUGUAGAAACCCUGAAUUAGGAGAAAUUUUGUUCUUACUUCAGAUGUUUUGUACUCUUGUUUGAUAUUGGAGCAAGAUUUGUAAAAAGAUACAACCCCAAAAAUAAACUAGGUGGCAAUGAACAAAAUUAAACUUCAGUUCAUGUUAAGCGAUGGUGAUUAAGGGAAUUACAUUCUAACUGGAAAAACACGGUCAAUUCUGUCCAAAGCGAUCUUCAGCAUCAACGCAACAUGAAGAAUUUACACUGUGCCUUUACAUUUUAAAUUUAACACUCCUGAAUAUAAAAAAAUCAGAAUUUAAUUUCCACAAUAAGGAAUUAAAAGUGGAAAACCUUGUGAUUCUGUUAGUACAUAAGAAGUAUUAGGAUUAGUUGAUUAUCUAACAAUUUAAGAUCUUAAUAACCAGAUGAAAACAGCAGAUCUACUCGUUUGAAAUACCAACAUAACGACUGAUAAGUUGAAGUUAACUCUGUCUACAGUUUCCAGUCUGUCCUGCCUUAUCUCCCGCCUAUUAAAAGUGCUGAAACAUGCAAGUACACAAAGGGAAUUUCCCGUCGGGUCGUUAUCAGGGCAUUUCUUUUUUUCCUUGUUUUGGCUGACCAGCGUGGCAUUGUUUAAAGGUCUGCGGGACAAACAGCGAUCGGAGAUAGCGCAAAGAAUACUGGACCCACUUCAAAUAACGGCAAAGAAAGAGUGAAGUGACAAAUGGGUUGUUAGCUGCUUUUGAAUUGUCUUGAUUUUGUUUGGGUGAGAUUUCUUGGGUAAAAGAUGGCAGCAGGAACUCUAAUGAAGUGGUGAUUUGAUUUGUACGUCUGUGCAGCCUGUUGAAUCUGACCCUAAAGAACUUUUGGCUCUUGGAUGAGUGUUGUGUUUGGAGAAGGGAGCUCCCUCCAAGCUGUCACCCUGACUCCACCUCCAAAUAUUCAGAUCAGCCUCCUCUUGCCUCCUUUUUUUUUUCUUUUUUGCACCCUGGCCCUGCCUCUUCUUUCCUGCCUGACACAAUGAGGCAGGAUCCUCCUGGUUACUAUGACUUCAGCCCAGUGUCCGUAUGAAAUGCUACCACUUACUGUUUGGACAGCAGGACAGGACAGAGACACAUCCCAGGUUCAAAGAAACGCUACCGUCGGGCACAGCGGGGCGCGACAGACUGACACCGCCAAACCCGGACCCUGUCAGCUGGAACAGGACGUUUAGAGAGCGGAGAAGUUCAGGACAAGUCUCUUGAUGUUGGACUAAUGUGGCGGUUUUAGAGUUGACUCGGAUUCAAGGUUCUUAGAUGGAUUCAGCACCUUGAGGACAGCGUGGAUGUGAGAAGGAGAGUGAGGCAGCUGGCUCUGGGAUGGGCUGCGAUCCAUGAAUCCGACUGAAGGAUUAGGAUGGUUUUUGUUACUUUUGACAUGCCGCUGGCUUCGAUGGUGAGCACUGUAAGCAUGGGGGGAAACUGCGGGGAGCUUUCAUGCAUGUUUCUUGUAAUUACAGCUUGAUUAAGUUUUUAUCUUCCAGUGAUUUUCCAUUUUUACUUCAUAUUUUAAUCCCUUCAUCCAGUGUGUAGAGACCAGCUCAAAUACUGACAUUAUCUGUCUCUAUUACACCUGUUUUAGUUGACAAAUUUACGAGAUUUCAGUUUGCAGUCAAGUGUCCUUAGUCGCGAACUUUCCCUGUGUGUCCGAGGGGUCUGCACACUUCCUGACACCUGUGUCCUUGACCACUCGGCCCAGAAAAAAAGCCCCUAAAAGGCUCCACGCUUGUUUCCUUUACACUCUACUUUCUUUCUUUUUCCUCGUCUAUUUGCAGUGAAGUCACUCUCUCGGCCGGGGUAAUCAUUCUCACUGAGAUAAAAGGACCUGAAGCUGUUUGAAAACCUGCAGGACCCCCCACUCAGAUUUACUACCCUGUUAUGCAACCCCUGUACGGGCCACUUGUGUGCCUUUUAGUCCAGUUAAGUGUUUGCACAAAAGGUCUGGGGAGGUUCUUCCUAAAAUGGGAACCUGUUUAAUGCACAACAAUUCUCCCAAAGCUAUUCAUAACAUUUACAUUUCACUCUCUCCUAUAUACGCCGCAAACUUAUAUACAUUUGAUAAGUCUAUAUCAGGAGGAGUAUAACGGAGAAUGUUUAUGUCUAAGGCUCGGGUCAGACCGGCUAGUUUGUGCACUUUGUCUACAUUUAUUCUCGGUGUGCACCUGCUCUUUGUCCUUCUCAUUUUUUACAGAUUAGUUUAGAUUUUUUCAGUUGAGGUUCUAUAAACAGAUUAUGUAAGAAAAGGGUUGAUAAAGUCUGAAAAGAAGACCGUAGGUGUGUGGAGAAAUGUCUGCAAAAUCCUCUCAGAUUUUGGGGGAGGUCUGGGUGAAACCGGAUGAAUUUAUGAGUCUCUUUAUGCUUUUACAGGAUUUCGUAAAUAUUUGUGUUCAGGACUAAAAAGUUUGGGAAAUGAAAAAGUUGCAGACCCAGAAUUGAACCCUGAGGUACACCCUGUUGAGUCAGAAUGACAUCUUUCAAUAACAAAACAGAGAUGUCUAUUGUUAGGGAUGGGAGAAAAAAUCAAUUCACAUACUGUAUUUUUCGCACUAUAAAGCGCACCAUCAAUGGACGCGUCUAUUCGGGUCUAUUUUCAUGCAUAAGGCGCACCGGAUUAUAGAGCGAAUAAAGCUAAACAAAACAGACAGAUAAGUCAAACUUUAUUUAACUAAUUUAAUAACUCCACGAGGCGACGGUAGCUGCAGCGCUCCGACAAGCCAAAAGGAUGUUAAGUGCGCCUUAUUGUGCGAAAAAUACGGUAUCGCAAUUUUUUGUUUUACAAUUUUUAAAUCAAUUUUUUUGUUCAAAAAUCGAUUUUUUUUUUUCAAUUUAAGCAUAAAUCUCGAAAACUGACUUCCAAGUGAUGUGAAUUUUAUUGGGAAACAUAGUUCCUGGAAUAGUCAGUAGACGAUCAUAAUCAUUCAGCUGUUUCUCUGGUGUUAAAAAUGCAGACUAAAAAUCGAGAAAAUCGUCAAUAUCGUAGAAUUGCAAUUUAAAUCGAAUCGGUAUUCAAAAAAUCGUAGAAGAAUUGUAUCAAGAGAAAAGCAUAUCGUCCCAGCCUUAGCUAUUAUGGACAUUAUGGAGAUUUUUCAAUACUCUCUUAUUGCGGACAAAGAAAAGUAACUAAUUUAAAGUUGUAAGAAACUCUAACCAGCAAAUGUUCUUCAUCUUCAUCUAAAAUAUUGUCCCAAAGCAUUAAAGAUUGCAAAUUAAUUCAAUUUUAAUUCACUUUUCAACUUAAUAACUUUGCUUUUGAUAGAUUAAUGAAUCAGCUCAGUCAGUUUCACGUGAUAUUUUCAUUUUUAUGUUUUCAUUCAUUCUUUCGAAGCAUUUCUCACGUCAAACUUUCCCUUUGUCUUCUGAAAGUCCAGCAGUUUUAGUCGGAGGUGUUUUGAAGCCCCUGGAUGUGUGUGUUUGUGUGUGUUUGUGUGUGUUUGUGAGUGCGUGGGGGGUGAUCAGUGAAAGAAUGUCACUGGAAUGGUCUCUGGGUUUCAGCGGCGGUGUCAGUGUCCUGGAAUGUCAGUUCCUCAUCUUUGUCUCUUGCAGGGGGGUCGCUGGCCUGACUGACUCCCCAGCAGCGGCGGCAGCAGAUUCCUCGCUCUAACGGCGAAAACAACUGCUUCCUCAGAUACUGACCUGGCCCCUGUUUGUUUGCUUUGCUGCCGCUCGUAAAGUGGACAGAGAUUGCAUGAGUGCGGCCGCUCGCAGGGCCCGCUGACAGGGUGACAAUAGAGAGGGGAACAAUGGGCAGACUCGGGCCGUCUGUUCUUAUGGAACAACCUCGCGCCUCCUCGCUGUGAUGUAAUGAUGCAUUCAGAGCGAGGAAGUGGCCGUCCUUCCCUCUCCUGUUUGUGUCUGAUCAUCAGGACGGCUCGAACGCUCCUGCUGAUGUCAUCCCUCGCGCAGAAUUCCCCUCUGAUUUCCUGUUUAUCCUGAUCGUGUAUAUUUCUCUCUUUCCUACAUUGUCUCUUUCUGGAAACUUCUGUGAUUCCCCGUCGAAGUGACAAACUCAGUCCUGUCACUCUGUCCUCUUUCGUUUUCUAUUCCUCUAAAUUAAUCCGUCAUUUCUCCUCCAGGGUCAGGCGAGACGCAGGAAGAACAUGACUGAGUUUCUCGGGGAGGCGAAUAUCCCAACCCCGGACGCUCUGGGUCAGAUUGGCGGCUCUCUGCCCGGCGUUGGAACGGGACCCGACAGCUGGAAGAACCGCGCCGCCAGCCGCUUCAGUGGCUUCUUCAGCUCCAACGCAGGAGCGGGACCCUUUGGCAAGGUAACGUGAGAUACAAGCGGCGCUCCUUGUGUGGGUGAUGAAACUGAAUUUGUCCAGACUUGUAUCAGUAAAAACAAAGAUUGAGACACAAACAGAACAGUAGCAGAGCAGCAGUGGGAGGAGGUCAGAAGGUUAGAUCCCCAGAGUCCUGGUGAGGUAAUUUCCCUUCGACGUCUCCUGACUUGUUGGCUCAUGGACUUUCCUCCCAGCAGCUCAGGAAAGGAGGAGGCGGAGAGGAAAAGACUUACUCAGUUCCACCGAGGCCCAACAGCUUAAAGGAAGAGAUCCACCGUUUUAGAAUUAAUCUAUUUGAAACAUAGUUGAAUGAAUAUAAAGCACUGCGUCUUAAACUCUGUAGUGUAAGUCACUGCAUGGGCUUGAAAUAACAUCCAAAACGACCGUCUACAGGACUCAGAGAUUUACGAAAGACUUGGGGGAGGAAGUCUGAUCAAUCAAAAUUUGACUCUUUUUGGAAAUCAUGGAUCAUGUAACAUAUGCUGCUGUACAGAAAAACGCCAUUUUAAGAUAAGAUUAGAUAAGAUAUUCCUUUAAUCGUCCCACAGGGGGGGAAUUCCAAGAUUACAGCAGCAUAAAUACAGAUACAAAGAGAGAAAUUAAAGGAUAAAGAAACUUAGAGGUAAAAGGAAAAUAAAGAAAACAAAUGUAUAUACAUGAGUCUUAUUUCCUAUAUACAGAUGUACAGAAUAAACAUAUACAGUGCCUUGAAAAAGUAUUCAUACCCCUUCAAUUCAAACUGAAAUUCAACUUUAUUUUUAUGUCACUUUUCAUACAAAAAAUGUUGUUCAAAGUUCCUCACAGAGGCUAAAAACAACAAUAACGACAAUAAAACCCUUCCACCCACACACACACAAAAGCACACACCCACUCUCACUUACCCACACAUACUCACACACACACACAACUGAGAGACACUGGAGAUAAAAAUAGAGAUAAAAAUGGUGAAAAGAGUAAAACCUGAUGGACUAAAACAAGAAAAUAAUAUAAAAUGAACAAAUAAGUAAAAGCUCUUUACCAGCAAAAAGGGGUAAAAGAAGUAAAAACCUGUGAUGGGGAUUAAGAAAAAGACUAAAAACAGAGAUAAUUAAUAAAAUGACAUAAAAAAAAAAAACAAUAAGAACUUUGAUUAAAAUGAACAUUUGCAAAAACUUUGAACUUUUUCACAUUUUGUUUCUCUACAACCGCAAACUUAAAAGUAUUUUAUGGAGAUUUGUUGUCAUAGACCAACACAAAGUAGCACAAAAUUGUGAAGUUAAACAAAAAUGAUUCAUGGUUUUCAAAAAUGGAAACAAAUAAAAAUCUGAAAAGUGCGCUUUUGCUUCCCUUUCCCCUUCGCUGCGAUUACAGAUGCAAGUCUUUCUGGGUAUGUCUCUACAAGCUUUGCACAUCUAGAAUUACACAACUAAAAUUUUUGCCCGUUCUUCUUUACAAAAUAGCCCAAACUAUUGGAUGGAGAGCAUCAAGUCUUGCCACAGAAUACUUUUUCAAGGCACUGUAAUAUGAUUUAUUGCACACUGAGGUUUCUGGGAUAACCUUGUCUCUGUAGUUAAAGAGUCCAGGUCUAAGAUGCAUGCGUUGUUUUCUCAUCAAACUCAAUCCCGCACACUUCCAUUGUGUCGUCUCUCCUGAGGUCCCGCCCACAACAGUGGCAGAUGUCACAUAAGGACAGUAUCUGUCACUCACCUGUCACUGCCCCCUCAUCUCUAUUCACCCCGAGCGUCCCCCUUCACCCCUCCAGAGCCAGAGAUCCCAAACCAGGACCAGGACCUCUUGCACCCUCCAUAUUGUUUGGAUGAACUACUGUCAGUCGCUGCUUUCACAAACCUCUGAAAGGAGUGCUUCACUUUAUUUCUAAAUUUGUUCUACAAGGACGUCAGGCGUCACGAUCCAUGAAGCAGCGGCCCGUGUCCCCCCUCUCUUUUCUUCUUCUUCUAUUGUUAAAAGGGUCUCAAUGCUCCGAGCUCAUUUUCAUAACUACAUCAGGGCCGGCAGGCAGAACAAAGGCCUGAAUAGAAACCACUGCUGGACUGAAGAAUUAAGGCGCCAGUGAGGACAGGAUUGAUAUGCUAAUGCAUGAACUCAUCUUCACUUACAGUUUGAGUGCAACAAUAAAUCAAGACAAAAGGACAGAAACGAACAGUUACCACCACACUGACAUGCUGUUAGCCUCGUUUAAACUAAUUAGGGUUGGUGCGAUUAAACUCAAAAUUAUUCCUGUCUGACUGCAGGAGGUGGAUCGUCUGGAGCAGCUGCAGAGUAAGCUGCACUCCUACACCACGUUCGGGCUGCCUAAGGUGCCGCGGCAGCUCUCCUUCCACCAGGACUCCUGGGAGGAGGAAGAGGAGGAGACCAACCUGGUGCUGGAGGACAGCUGGCAGAUGCUGCUGGACAACUCGGAGGUAAAGUACACACAGGCUACGGCGCCACACGUGUUUUAUCCAUGUGCUCGUUCCUGUUUUUCCUCCUUCCUUAUAUCUGGAAGUCAUCAUAUCUAUCAUUUCAAGAAAUAUACUUCUCCCUGCGUAGGAACAGAACAGUUCAAAGCACUAAAACACUAAAACAGUUUAUUUUGCCAAGACUCGUAUUUUUACCUUUUCCAGUAAUCACCACCUGUGAUUGUUAAAAUCCGUUUCCACACAGUCAGAGGAAUAAAAAGUAUCUCAGUCCUGUUAAAAUGUUCCAUCCGUGUUUACAGUGUCAGUAAAAGUUUGCUGCCUGCAUAAGUCAGUACACCUUCUGUUAAAAGUAAUCUAUUACUUAUUAUCUAGAUGAGCAAAAGUUCAAUAUCCAGAGUUUUGUCAAAGUUGAGUUUAACAUAAACCAUAAGAUAAAAAUAAGGGUGAUAUGGUAUCUAAAAUUUAGCUUUGCUCUCAGAACUUUGAUUUGGGUGUACUCAUUUUGUAUGCAACUUAAAAAAUCUUGUUUGCAGUCAAUGGCUCUACAUUUAGGAGAUUAUUUUGUUUUACAGUCUGGCAUAGAAAAUGUUGAUUUUGGAAGGAAAUUAAAGGUUUUCUGACAACUCUGAAGAGGUGUCUACUCAUUUAUGCUGAGCAUUGUUCUAAAAGUCCAAUGCGUAAAUUAAACAUGUGGUGCAUUUACACUGAAAUGCAACUUAGAAAGUGACACUUGACCUGAAUGAGGUUUGGAUCAUAAAGAUUGAGUGUACAGCCUUUUAAACUCAAGUAAAACCACAUUAAAAUUCGAGAGAAACAUGGUGAUAAUUAAGGAUUAAAUAUCUAAUAAAGAGUGAUGUUAAAAAAAGGUAUAAUUGAACACCAGAUAAUGAUAAUUUCUAACUUUUUCAAGACUAACUGACCUAUUUCCAACCUAAAACUUAAACUUUCAUGUCUGCUUUAUUAAGCUAAUGAACUUUAACCUGUAAAUACAACAGUAUCAUGUCUGUCGCCGUCUCAAACUUUCACUGUCCUCCAGCUGUUCGUGUUUACUCCUCAUCCACAGCCGUAUCUCUGCUCAGCUGCUCUCUCAUACUGUAAAUCCUCCUGUGAUGCUUUUGUAAAUACCGCUCAUAGUCGGUUACAUAAGCUUUACAGGGGCUCAUAAAUUCCACAAGUAGUUCAGUGAUCGAGUUGAUAAUGUGAAGUCGUAUUAAAAUUCACAUUUAUACUUCCGCUUGAACUACUUUACAGGGUCACAAUUCUCUGCUGUGGUGAUAUAAUUAAAUAUAUUUACUUUUCAAGCUAAAUAAAUGUGGACUUUGUUUUUAAAUAUGACUUAAAUGAUAGAGAAGGAAAUUAAAUGUUUUGUUACAUAUCCUCAUAUUUAAGAUCCGAGCUUUAAAACUUUUAUUUCGUUUUCUUGAACUCGUUUAUCGUCAUUUACGACUGUCUCCAUCCCAUGUGAUUCUUAGCGGGGUUGAGAUGAUCAUAAAAGUCAUCCUAACUGUAAUAAAGACGAGGAAUCUGAGCGUGGACGUGACAUAUUUAAUCAUAUGAUGUGUUUGUGUUCGUACGCAGACGCUGACAAGGCGACAGUUCCACCAGCAGGAGGCGAUAUGGGAGCUGCUGCAGACGGAGGCCACCUACAUCAAGAAACUGCGAGUCAUUACUGAUGUGAGUGCAGGAAAGACUGCUGGUAUUCUGCAGAUAUGUGUGUUAAAUAAACAGACUUUGAUUCAUGUUAUGUAAGAAAACGUCAGAGUUAACAGAUUAAUCUCUUUAUUGCGUCUGAGAAUAGUUCCUCUUUCGCCUAUUUGGACGCUGAUAUCAGAUUAGAGUUUCGGUCGCUGAUAUCGCUCCCCGGGUCAGCUCCAUGUCUUUGUGUAAACUUAUAUUUUAUCUCUGCAGCUGUUCCUGUGUGGGCUGCUGAACCUGCAGGAGAGCGGUCUGCUGACGGAGGUGGAGCCCGCCAAGCUCUUCAGCAACAUCCAGGAGAUCGUCCGCCUCCACACGUCCCUCUGGAACCAGGUCAUGCUGCCGGUCCUGGAGAAGGCCAGGCAGGCGCGGGCUCUCCUCGACCCCACUGACCUGCACCACGGCUUCAGGACGGUCAGUUGUUUACACUUUGUGAACUUGUUUCUUCUCCACAGGAAAAAGGUUAUCAAGAAACCGUGACCCGGCCCACAGCCAUUGAUUGAAACACAAAACACUGAUAAGUUUGUGGCGUGGAGGUCGUUAAAAUAUGGCGAUUAUGAUAACUUUCCUGUAAGUCUGAGUCAGAUUUUAUCAGCUGUAGCUUUGAUAAAACUCAACAUUAUGAAAUUUCACCUGAAAAUAAUUCAAGUUCCAGGAACUUCAAUUCUCAGGAAGUAUUUUUAAAAUAAACAACAGUUUUCUGAAGAUGUGAAUAAGCAUUUCUACUGCUCAGAGACAGAACCAGGAACUUUGAGUUUCAGGAACUUCUCUUCAUGGAAAUAAAUGGUUCCUGUGGUAUGUUGUCGUUUGCACUUCCACCAUGUCCCAUAAAGAUUAUGCAAAUCAGGCCACUGAAGUUUAGAGAAGUAGUAAAAGGAACUGAACGACACUGCCAGUCAAGUAUGUGACAGGAAGAACGAGACGAAGGUCAAGUUAGAAAGUUGACGCCAUAUAAGGCGACACGCAGAAUUUCCAACGUUGUACUUUAUUGAGUUACCAAUCAAAUCAGCAGAAAAAGGAAACAAGCGUGACAGCAAAGUACAUCCAAAAUACACGGCCGGUAAAAUAAAAACAACAAUCAGAAAAGGUCAGCAUUGACCUGGCCCUGAGUUUUUAGGAACUUUUGGAAGUACUACCCUCAAAGCAGGGACUUUUUCAAGAGGUAGAUCAAUCAAAACCAAAGACACUAACUGAUCAGAAAAGUUCAUUACAGUUAGCUUUUCACCCAAAGUUCCUAUCCUCAACUCAAACCCUAGUUCCUCCUAAAGUUACCAAUCCCUUUUGAAAGUUUUUGCAGUGGAAAUGCGUAAAUAAACAAGGACAAAUACAUAGAAAAGACUAACAAAAUUAGCAUACAUAUCUUAGAGAUAUAAAACAACUUUCAUAUUCAGUAAUAUCAUCAAUUCGGAAACAGGCGAGGAAAAAUAUACAUCAAUAAAAAUACAAAUAUGGGUACAAAAGUCAAAUCAGGGAAGAGAAAAACUAUAAGAAAAAACUAAACUGUUAUUUUUAUUUUGUAACAGAGUUCUCUAGAUUUUCCACGAUUUAGAUAUUGGUAAUAUUUCUGACAUAUGUCUGUUUGUGUUCUUGUUCAGUUUGGUACCAGGUUCAAGCCGUACAUCCGCUACUGCAUGGAGGAGGAGGGCUGCAUGGAGUACAUGCGCACACUUCACAGGGACAACGAGCUCUUCAGGACCUACGUCACGGUCAGUUCUCUCACCUCUCCUCAGCAGUCACCAAGUCCUCAGCGGUUCUCUUUCUACUUUCGGCUCAUUAAAUGAUCCUAUUCCUGUCUUUGUGUUUCUAAUUCAGUGGGCGGAGACUUAUAAACAGUGCAACCGUUUGAAGCUGGCAGACAUGCUGGCGAAGCCUCACCAGAGACUCACCAAGUAUCCUCUCCUGCUGAAGAGCGUGCUCAAGAAGACGGACGAGCCGUCGGCGCGGGACAUCGUCAACAGCAUGGUGAGAAAGAAGAAGGAUUUCAUAACGCUGCUGGUUUCUUCUUGAUGAAUACGACUGUAAAUGUGAGUGUGUUUCUGUGUAGGUGGCUGCGGUCGAGGGUUUCAUCAACAGCGUAGACUCUCAGAUGCGACAGCGCCAAGAGCAGCAGAAACUGGCCACCAUCUCUGCUCGCAUCGACUCGUACGAGGCUGUAGAGGGCAGCAGCGAGGAGGUAGAGAAGGUAAGGAGUGAUUUACGAUGCUCCGGUGAUUUCCUCGACUUCAGAGUUCAUGUAUAAUUCGGCCUCACGCUUUCAUCUUCUCGCUUUCAGAUCCUUAAGGAGUACAACCGCUUUGACCUGAUGGCUCCCAUGAGGGGGACGUCACCGGAGGAGACCCGACAGCUGCAUCUUGAGGGGGCGCUGAGGAUGAAAGAGGGCAAAGACAGUCGGGUAGGUCUUCUGAAUUCACGUGACGAGCUCGUCUUAUCUUCAGACUCAACAUCUGGUUUCUCACGUUUUGUACUUCAAAGUCGACUCGAAUUUCACAUGAAACAGUUGACCUGUAAAAGUGUCUCUCAUUCCCUCUGCAGAUGGACGUCCACUGCGUCCUCUUCACUGACCUGCUGCUCAUAACGAAGCCGGUAAAGAGAGUGGAGAAGGUGAAAAUCAUCCGACAGCCGCUCCUUAUUCACAACGUCGUCUGCAAGGAGCUCAAAGAUCCCGGUGAGUGAUUCUGUGAUAUCAGUUUGGACUUAAAUAUUCAGUCUUUGAAUUGUGUGUGAUUGUGGAAAAGUUUGUCUUUAAGUCAAAGUAAUUAAUGCUCAAACGAGUCUGAGAAAAGCUGUAAUAUAUCACAAUUAAGAAGCUCUGACAUGCAAAGAUUUUCAGUUUAACUUGAUUAGUUAUUGGUGUCUCUAAAACGAGACCCUGAUACUGAAUCUUUGUGUUAUUCUCUGCCUCUCCAGGUUCAUUCAUCCUCAUCUACCUCAACGAGUUCAAGAGUGCAGUGGCUGCUUACACUUUCCAAGCCAACAGCGCCUCCCAGGGGCGAAGCUGGAUCGAUGCGAUCUGCAACGUCCAGGUUUGAAGACGCUUCAUAUCUUUGUAAAAAACAUUCAGAGACUCUGUUUUGUGGUUUUCACGUCUAAUGUUGGAUGUUUGACUCUGCUGCAGAAUCAGCUCCAGAGGCUCCGCACUGAGGAGGUCCUCCGUCAGCAGAACAGUCUGAAGAGGUGUACGGGGCGAGAGGAGGAAGAGGAGGAGGAAGAUGAGAGCAGCAACUCUGCAACGAGUUCACCGUGUCUGAGACACAAAGAGCAGCAGAACUCCAGGUACCAGAGGAGAAAACUUAAAAAAAACUAAUGUAAAUGUAAUUUAAAGGGAAAUUCUGGCGUAAAAUUAAUUUAGGGUCUACGCCGGAAUAUUCCUUUAAUCACUCUGACAUAUUGUCUCUUUAAAAGUUGGAUUUUAUUUAGAAAAACUGCUAAAAACAGAUUUAAAAAUUCAUUCCUGAGUGUAAAUGUGAAAUUAACUUUAUUGUCCUUUAUCUUUCUAGUCAAUCUGAUGGAUCCACUGAGACUCUGUCAGUGAUGGACAUUGAUGAACCUCCAACCCCCAACAUGAACGUGGAGCGAACCACUAAAACAGACUCUGAUGACUCCCCCCCGUCUGAAAAUUCUGAGGUCCAGCAGAGUCCCCCAAGAGUCCACUCUGGGGUUUUCCCUGAGGCGGGGCCUGACGGCGAGGAGCUGGAUCCUCAGUGUCGUUCCCUUUCCAUGGACAGCGCCUACGGGACCCUCUCUCCGGAGUCUCUCCUGAGAGAACUUCAGCCUCAGCGGGGCCAGAGCGAAGGAGAGGAGACCGAGGAGGAGGAUGGAGAGGACGCAGGAUUAGAGGAGGAGCAGGAGGAGGAAGAGGAGGAAGAGGAGGAGGAUGCUGGCUCUCUGGGGUCUCAGGUGUCUGUGGUCCAGUCGUCUAAACCUCGCCGUCGACCUCACGUUCAGCCUCGGGUUCACUGCCUCCAGAGGUUGUCCACUCUGACUUUAUCCCGCUCUGAGGACAACCUGCUGCAGCGUCUCCGCGGCAAAACCCCCGUCUCCCACACACACUCACUCAGCGAUGAGACCCAGGACCAAUCAGAAGGCAGGGACAAGGACAAAUCAACUCUGGCGCACAGUAAAAGCAUGUCGGAGCUCGGUAAGAACUCCCUGGAGCUGUUUUCCAGUGACCUGGACCAGUCCGACGACAGCCUGAGCGUCGUUCUGCCUUCUGACAAACUGUGCGCCACCCUGAAGAGGGCGGAGGCCAGGCGGGGGAACAGGGCGACCUCAGGACCCCGGGGGAGUAACACCAGCUCGGAUGGGGAAAUGGCUCCAUCUAGUGGCCUGGAAAGGAAGAGCGAGACGACAGUGACUGGUGAUUCAGGGGAAAUGUCACCAAAGAAGAGGAAAUCCCCAGCCCAGCAGCACAAGAAGCUAACGCUAGCUCAGCUCUACAGGAUACGCACCACUCUGGUCCUCAACUCCACCCUCACUGCAUCGUAAGUCAGACAGUAGUUUGAAAAUUUGAGGCCUGCAGUAGCCCCUACAUUUACCAAACCAGCAUAUCAGUGGAAAGAAGUGAAUUAAUGUAAAUGUUUUUUUUUUUGUUUUUUUUUAAGGGAUAUUCCGGCGUAAAUUUAAUUUAGAGUCAAACACACCAUAACACCAAGUUAAACAGCCCCUCUAGAGACAAAUGUUGCCAAUCGUUUGCUUCUCUAGUUAUACCAACUUUAGUAACGACCGCAUGAUAGCAAUACACAGCGGUCUGAGGAGCCAUAAACAAACCUCAACCAAAACGCCACUCUAUAGACACAAAUAAUACUACUAGACACCAAACAUCUUUUUAACUUUGCCUAAUUUCUUUAGAAAAGAGACUAAACACAACUCACCUACUCUCUUCCAGCAGCCGCUUGUUUGUAGUAAGACCUCAGGCCAGUCGAUUACGGACUACAGCGGGGUGACGCAGCUCAAGGAAGAACAUUUAUGAUCAUUUCCUUACAGUAAAAAUCACCAUGUUAAUCAUUUUUUGCUGCAGACGCGGUAGUUCUUCUGCCUUAGCGUCUCGGUCUGAUUGUAUUUCCAUGAAGAAAUGAUCAUAAAUGUUCUUCCUUGAGCUGCGAAACCCCACUGUAGUUCGUAAUGGACUGUCACGGGGUCUCGCUACAAACAAACGGCUGCUAGAAGAGAGUAGGUGAGUUGUGUUUAGUCUCUUUGCUAAAGAAAUUAGGUACUUAAGUUCUACUAAACUUUAGUGCCUUUACUAAAGUUCGUAUAACUAGAGAAGCAAGCGGUCGGCAACAUCUCUCAAGGGAUGUCUAACUCGGUGUUACGGUGUGUUUGACUCUAAAUUAAUUUUACGCUGGAAUAUCCCUUUAAAUAUGAAGAAACUCAUUUGGUUGUAACAUUUUAAUUUCAUUUUCAUUUUCUUCCAGACAUGUACAUUUAUUGUAUUUGUCUCUUUUCUUACAGGGAGGUUUAAUAACCACUCCAGCUGACGGUGGAAAUAAGGAACACUUGUUUUGCUUCGAUGGACUGAACUUGUCGCGACACAGAUGCACUCUCUCUCUCUCUGUCUCUCUCUCUCUGUUGUCGCCCUCUCCCUUCUCGUUGCUUUUGGGACUCUGAUCGAACUGUUUUUGCAUUUGGACAAUAACAAUCCAGUUUUCCCCUCUUUUCAUUUGCUGUUGCGUUGGUUUCCUGAUUCUUCUUUUGAUUGGGAGGGAGAGGCAGAGAGACACAUUAACUGCUUGCACUUUGCAACGGAAGUAGCAUGAACCGGGGGGUCGCUCUGGGACUUUAACGCGGCGGACUGUCCCUGCACUCGGCACCGAUGGGAGCUGAACCCUGCAACUUCUUGGACUCGAAAAGAGGAACACUAAGACUUGAAAAAAAAUGCUCUCUACAUGUGGCUAAAAAAAAAAAAACAGCACCUGGGACAUCCUCCUAAUAUUUGUACUACUCCUGGUUUGCUUUAAGGAAAGGUUAAAAAAUUGCACAGUUAUCAAUGUUAAGUAGAAGAAUCACUAAAAGGAGUGAAUUCACCUAUACAGUCACAUUGAAUUUGAGUUAAUUAUUUGUUUUUGUCUGCUUGUGUACAGAUGUGUGAGUGUGUGUGUGUUUGGAUGAAUGAAUGAAUAAUGGUCCUUGAUUCCUGACUGAACCAAAACUGAUCUACCAUCUCCUGUGAACGCGCUAACUCCCCCAAAGAUAAGACCCGAGUCGCCGAUAGAUUCCCAAGAAAAAGUGCGCCCAAAGACACGGAAUAUAUAAGAUAAUGACUGAAAAGGUUCGGCUGAGGCUUCUUUGAGGAUUUUCCUACAAUAUCUUCACUGUUGCAUGAGUGUAUUUUCACCCCCGAGGCCCUAAAUGGAUCAAAACCACACGCACAAGUGCACAAACAAACACUAGGGCCCGGGAAAAGCAACACACAAGAAGAAGUCUUCACUUGCCUGCGUCGAACACCUCUUUCCUCCGAGACAUUUCAUUCCUCGUGUUUCUUCGUGACGGUGACACUAAUAAGAGAUUGAACAAAAAAGGUUUUGGGUUGUUAAUUUUUUCCGAGUGAAUCUGCAGAGACGCUUUUUCCAGGAGAUUUGAACAUUCACAUUUUUCAGUUCAGUGGUUUCUCUUCCAAACAUCGCCCAAAACCAAAUAGGUUAACUCUGUUUACUUUAGUUUUUUUUUUUUCUUGUUUAUGUGUCAUAUUUAUUAUGCUUGCUAUGUUUUAUAUAUAAGAUAUUGUUUAUAUUAUUUGCUUCCAUGAUUUGUAAAUUCUUUUUUGUUGUUGUUGAUGUAGUCUUAAUAAUUUGCCAGGCAUGAAUGUGCUAUGAACCAAAAUUAUGUGUUUCCUCUUUCAGGAAUGACUUUAAAGUGUCUUACAGAAAUAAAAAGGCUGAAACUUUA